AUGGAGAAAGAAACUGGAGAAAUAUCUGGACACCCAAGAACAAAAUUAGACAACCAAAACCAGACUUGCAGUAUCUCUUGGUUCAGUGCCUGUCUACAGGAAACGCUAUUGCCUGGAAAGCCAUGGCAUAAGGUACUAAUCUUUGCUGUAAAGCUUGCACCCUCUUAUUUUUCUUCCUUUGCUCCUCCUUUCCUCCUCCAACAACUGCAACACCACUUACCAUUUAUAUGGCACCUAGGAUGUUCCAAAAUACGUUUCUUAGCCUUUAUUUUAGGUCCAGUUUCAAAUUUCUGCAGGGGCCUCAUUAUUAUAAUUGUUAUUAUUAUUGUUGCAUUUAUAUUCUAGCUUUCCUCCAAGAAGCUCAAGGAACACGGUUCUCCCCAUCCUUAUGAGGUUCAUUAGGCUGUAAGAAAGUAACUGGCCCAAAGUCACCUAGUGAACUUCAUGGGUGAGUGAGGAUUUGAAUGCUGGUCACCCAAGUCUUAGUCCAACACUCACCACAACAUCACACACUGAAGCUCGCUGGGUCUUCACCCCUCAGCCAAACUUAAUUUGCUAGGCCCAAUCACUGUCUGUCAGCCAAACUAACCUCACAGGGUUGUUGUGACAACUGCAUGGACUAUCCUUAGCUUCAGAGUUUGUUAAUUAGUGACAUUUUUUCCUCUUGCCCCUCCUUUCAAGGAAUAUAUGCUCAUAACAGCCCCUAGUGAAGGGGGAGACUAGCCCAAGGUCAUUCAGGCGGCUUUACCACUGAAUGAGGGUUGGGAUGGGAGCAGGGAGAGAGCUGGCCCUUGUUUGACAAUUGAACCACUAAACUGCAUUGGAGCUCAAUAUAGGCAAAUGGAAAUAAUAAAUUGGAUUGCAAGUAAUUCCUAAUAACUAUUGUGUGUGUGUGGUGUCAGUGCACAUGCAAAAUAACUGAUGAUUCUUCUAGGUUUUAGAGAGAUUGGAAACUGCCUUCGCCGAUGAAAUAAAGGACAAGAUAAGAGACCCAAAGCAAAGAAAAAUGGUUUUCAAUCUCCUUGGCCAGAGCUUUGUCAAAAGAUAUUUUAGUGACUGCCCUGUUCAGCCUGAUUCACUCGUAAGUGUGUUAUAAAAACUAAAGGCUAAUAAGGUCACAUUAAAACAAUGACUUGUUGGUAUAGAUUCUAGUCGUGGCUAGUGUGCUGGGGCAGAACGGCAGAGCUGCCCUCCUGAUACCAGUGUUGCCACAGCUUACCAAUUGCUGGCCAAUGCAAGGCAGUGACAAGGUCAGGACUGUGCAGUCACACCAGCAAAGCCACUGUGGGCAUCUGCCCAGCCACAACUUCGCUGCUGCUUUACCAAACCCAGCCCCGUCCAGGUGAACUAUAGUGGUACCAGGGUCAGAAGGGCAGCUCUGCAUCUCUGCCCCACCACACCAAGAGCCAGAAUGAGCUCCAGGGCUCCAGAGCCUACCCAGGGUUUGUUUUCCUUGGAAUGAAAGUCCCUGGAAUCUCUGGUGUCUUGAGGAUAUUUGGUUAUAUUUACACAUAUAAGUAAACAGCAUUUACAUUCCAACAUAGUUUGCUUCCCCAUUACUGUAGGUUUUUAGAGGAGGGUUCCCCAACACAUCUGUACUUGGUCAACUCCUUAGACAUGUAAAUAGGGUGCUUAACAGGCCCAGCUGCGGCCAUUGAGUUCUGACAGUAAGAUCUGUUCUACAGUGGAACUGUCUCCCUUGGGAGGUUGUGGACUCUCUCUUCUUGUAGGUUUUUAAGCAGAAGUUGAAUGGCCCAUCCUUCAAUUCCUGCAUUGCAGGGCUUGGGUCUUUCCAACUCUAGAUUCUAGGUUUGGCCACUUCUACAAUCCCUUCUACUACCAACUCCCAUCUUACAAAUACAAAACCACACAGUUGGAGGGGACCCACAAACAUCCAGACCAACCCAUCAAUCCAAUAACAUUACAUUUGUUGCCUCUGGCCACACCCACCACUGGAAUGUGACCCUUGCAAUUUUGUCCAGAAGGGAAUGCAGUCCUUGGGCUGAAAAAAGUUCUUCAACCCUGGUUUAAUGGAACACAUGAAACUGCUUUAUACCAGGACAGACACCAUUAGUCUGUCUGGCAGCUUCCUUCUAAGACAGGCAUAGGCAAACACGGCUCUCCAGAUGUUUUGAGACUACAAUUCCCAUCAUCCCUGACUAUUGGUCCUGUUAACUAGGGAUAUUAAUAAUAAUAAUUUAUUAUCUAUACCCCACCCAUCUGGCUGGGUUUCCCCAGCUGCUCUGGGCGGCUUCCAGCAAAAUAUAAAAAUGCAGUAGUCUAUUAAACAUUAAAAGCUUCCCUAAACAGGGCUGCCUUCAGAUGUCUUCUAAAAGUUUCAUGGGAUCAUGGGAGUUGUAGGUCAAAAACAUCUGGAGGGCCAGGUUUGCCUAUGCCUGUUCAAAGAUCUGAAAUGGAGGUCUUCCCCAUCACAUGCCAAUUUCUCCUUUUAACCAGAGGUGCUGGUGACUGAAUUUCUGCAUGUAAAGCAGGGUCUACACUACUGAGCUGUGCCCCCUCCCCUGGUGACCAAAUGGCUAAAUUGAGCCCAAAUCUAUUUAACUAGAAAGAGCUGGCAUUUUACUAUUGAGAAAACUUGGGUAUUUACUGCAUCUAUGCUGAAAAAACUCAAGUUUUCUGGGAAACACCUCUUGAUAAUUAAGCUAAUUAUUCCUUUGGUUCCACUCUAUAGAGUGGAGCAUAGCUCAGUGACACAACAUCUGCUUUGCAUGCAGGAUGUCCUGGCUUCAGUCCCUGACAACUCCAAGUAGGGAUGGAGAGAUCCUUCUCUGAACCACUGGAGAGCUGCCGCCAAAUGUUGACAGUUCUGAGCUAGAUGGAUCCAGUGGUCUGACAUGGUUUUAAGGCAGUUUCCUUUGUUCCUGUGAGUUACAGCAGAAAGCUAAUUGUUAAAAAUGACUUUCUCCACUUAGUCCUCCACAGCCAUAAGUGAGAUCAACAACACAAAGCUGGAAGAAGCUACAAGAGUCUGGCUACAGAAUCAGUGUUUGAAAGCGGCAGAAAGUAUUCACUGUCAUUUUCAUUCAGGUGAGUCAAGAUGUUCUUUCAGAGCCUGCACACAAACUAAGGCAAUAGAAACAAUCACCAAGAGAAUAGAUAAAACUCAGUCUUUUCCAAGCCCACUUAAGGUUCUCCUUUCAAAAUAUAAAGCAAAGCCAUAUUAUCUGCUGUUUGAUUAUAGGCAGAAACCUACCUUUAACUUUCUUGGCUGGAAAUCCAUUAUUUAUUUUCUACGGGCUCUGACCUUCCAUGAAGCUCAUGACUUUAUAAGAAAUGUUGAAAAGUUGGCUUAAUAAUCAUUGUGACCCUUGGUCCCACCUAGCUCAGUAUUGUCUGCAUUGACUGACAGCAGCUAUCCAAAGAUUCAGGACAGGGGUUUCUCCCCGCCCUACCGGGAGAUGCUGAGGAUUGAACCCAGGGCCUUCUGUGUGCAAGACAGAUGCUCUACCACUGAGCUACACCCCCCCCCGAAAGAGCAUAGGAACCUAGGGAGCUAUCUUACACAGAGUCAGACCAUUGAUUCACAUGGCUCUCCUGGGUUUCAGACAGGGAGUCCUUUGCCUUGCCCAUUUUGCAGUGAUAAGACAUGGCACUUGUGAGAAACAACUAAACCGUUAUCUUGUUUGUUUCCUGAAUCCUGAGUUUACUGUCAAAGGACAAUUCGGUUUUCUUUGCAGAACCCCUACAGGAGGUGAUAGUUUAAGCUUGCUGAAAGCGUCGUAUUAUUGUGUUCAUCUUUACAUCAAGGCGGGGUUAAAAUAGUUAAUUGUGGGGAUACACUUCAUAUCAAGUAAGGCCAACUUUACUGAUGCCGUGAUCUACAGAAAUAAACCAUAGAAAAAGUCAACUUGUUUAAUUAAAGGUGGUAAUUUUUCUUCAGCAGCUACCGCCUUUUCUCUAGCUUCCAAAGCUAUUUUUUGAGUUUCAGCAGAUUGUUCCAGUAAUUUUUUGAUCGCAUCUGUAUUUUCAUUAGUCUGUCGAGUCAGCUUAUCAAUACUUGCAGAGUUUUGUCUAAUAGCUUCUAGUGCCUCGGCAUUCUGUUGACCCAAUUUUUCAAAACCUUCAUUAACAAUUUUAAAUAAACUGGCAAGUCCUUCUUCCCCUUUGUUUGCAUUGGAUCAUCUCCUUGUGGCCCAGCGAUGGAUGGCCUGCGCUGUUGCUGUUGAGCAAUGUUGCUCUGUUGCCUGCCUUUCCCGGACCUCAAGGUUCUUUCAUCCAUGGCACUUUAUCUAGAAAUCAAGGUCACUCUCACAGUUGGAGUUGUUUUGCUGUUAAGCUUUCCCAGGCUGCUGUUGAGUGGAAAAUUCCUCAGUCAGUUAGAAACUUUUCCCCUUUGGCCUCCAGGGGACACAAGUAAUAAAGUAACAAGAAUAAAAACUCUUAAAAACUUUUUAAGAACCCCUUCAGCCAAAGAGGCAACUUUUUUUCCCAAAGUUUCAAUUUUGUGAAGUUAAUAGGCAAGAAGAUACAUUGUCCAUUUAGAGUGCUAACAAAAUAUCCAAUCUUUCCAAACCUGGCAGUCUGUCCCCAGGGAUUGAGAGGUGGUCUUCGUUUCCUUAUCACUCUUUAUUUUACACAAAAAUAACAAGAAAUACUGUCCCUUCUUCCCCCCCUUCUCCAAUUAUGGGAGGGAAAAUUUUUAAAUUUGACGUCUGUGUUUCAGUCUCUUUUGACAGUCUUUGGUAUCGAACUCACACAGUCUUUGCUUUAAUCCUUUAUACAAACCGGGAGGUGGACUUCCUUUUUACACCUUCCCGCUUCAGCCAAAUUUAUUCAAAAUUUUAGUUGGUCCUUCUAUAACGUCAAACCUACUCACGGGUUGUAGUUUUGACAGCCAAAUUGUCAAGGAAGAAAGGUCAGCGCUCUCCAGCAACAGCCGCACGGCUUCACUCCGCGAAAGUAGCAGAAGACUCAUAGUGCCGCGCCACCCCCGUCCUGCUUCGGAGCCCCUCGCGGGGUUCCUUUGCCGCUUAGGGGCGCGCUCCAGGCACCCGCCGAGUCCCACGACCGCAGGCUUCUUCCGCCUGCGGGUUUCGAAAGGGUCUCCGCUGCGCCGUAGCGGAUCGACCCGAUUUUCGCGGAGCCUCUCCUCCGGGAUUAGGAGAAGAUCGCCAUUGCUUGUUGGCGCCGCCUCCGGAAGUUUACAGAAAUAAACCAUAGAAAAAGUCCAGAUUGGCAAACACUUCCACAGUGGGGCUUCAUCCAUAUUCAGUGUCACUUAGUAGAGACCGUGGCCUUGAUUCUCCCACCCCUAUACACAGCACACCAGGGCUGCAUGCCUCCUGGCCAGAGAAUUGUCAGUCAUCCUGAUCAGCUGUUUGGUGGGAGAGAAGUGAAGAGGGAAUUAAAUCUAGCCCAUUGCUCCCCUUCUGAAACAGCUGAUUAGCAUGAUUGCCUAUUAUGUGGCGUGGGCUUUUCAUGCAGUUCCUAAUCCAGCUAGGUGUUUGUGAGUGGAAUCUUGAUUUAGAGUGCCAUCCUAUCCAUGUCUAUUCCAAAAUUAGUCCCCCACAUCGAGCUCAAUGUGGCAUACUCCCAAAUAAGUAGGUGUGUCGGACCGCAGCCGUAGGCAUUGAACUCAGCAAGGUUAGGAUUGUGCUGUGAGUGUCUGUAUACUUCCUGCCUGGAUUAUUGCAACUGCGUGUGUGUGUGUGUGUGUGUGUGUGUGUGUGUGUGUACACAUAUUAUUUCCCACUCUAUACCUAGGGCUCAGGAUGAGUUAUAAAUGCACCUUACUCAGAGAGCCAUCAAGCCAAUAUCCUUUAUGAGGAGUGAUUUUGAACCCAGUCUGUUAUGACUGCUGUCUUCCCGCAAAUUCUUUUCCCUCGUGGCGAUGUUAUUGUGUGGUUUAAUUUUUAAAAAUGAGUCAAUGAAAGGGGGCGGGGGGGGCGGGAAAUGGACAGGGAAACCUAUUUGACUUGCAAUAUCCUUGCUGCGUGAGCUUUGAAGUAAUUACAAUUUGUACUGGAAGAAGUCCCGCUGCUUCCAAAUUGACUUUGCAUUGUGGGAAACCUGAAAAAUAUUGCACCGUCUAGUUCUGCCAGAGAGCAAAAAAAUAGAAUAAAAAAAUUAGAUGAUUGCACAGCCCGUCGUCUUUUUUAUUAUUAUUUUUUCAGCGUAUCGCCUCAGAUUAGUUUGCAUGUGAAAAAGACAUCUGUUUCCUUUCAUGUUAAUAAUAUCGCUGUUUUCAAAGGAGGUGGGGGGGAUGCUUUAAAAAAAGUCGAAAGAUCAGUUCUGUAUUCUUGACACACUGAAAACUUCCCAUUUGCUUUACUGAGAGUUCCAAAAGGAGGCUUGGAAGGAUUUAAAAGGCAGAGUGGGUCAAUACUAGUUUUGUAAAUGUAUUUUUUUUCCUCCUUGAGCAAUUGGAAGGUAUGCAGUCAGUGUCUUUUGAAAGAGAGAGAACAGGAGACUUGUGACAUGUGUGUUUCGUUAUGGUUCUUGAUUUACAGCAAGACUGGGAAACCUCUUUUCAGUCCAGGGUGAAAACUUUUUUUAUAUAUAUAUAAGAUAUUUAUUAAGGUUUUCAAAAUAUUACAAAAUAAAAAAAAUAAAAUAAAAAAAAGAAAAAUACAAAAUAAAAAUAAUUAAAAACAACACAAUCUUUCCAUUACUUAUUUUUCAUUAGCUUGUUUCCCGGACCUCCUCACGCCUCCCUUUUUUGUAUUCCAGUUCAGUUUGUUGGUUCAGCAAAUCCUUCCCUCUUUGUUUAUCCUAAUCUUUAAUCUUAAAAUAUUGUAACAUUAAAUUUUUACCUAUUAAUAAUCCAUUUUUCAUAUUCCCUUAUAGUAUUGCAGCUAAAAACCACUUAAUUUCUAUCCAACAUCAUUCUAACAUUCAUUAAUUUUACAAUAUUUCUGUAAAUAGUCUUUAAAUUUCUUCCAAUCUUCUUCCACCAACUCUUCUCCCUGGUCUCGGAUUCUGCCAGUCAUUUCCGCCAGUUCCAUAUAGUCGAUCACCUUCAUCUGCCAUUCUUCCAGAGUGGGUAGAUCUUGUGUCUUCCAAUACUUUGCAAUGAGUAUUCUUGCUGCUGUUGUGGCAUACAUGAAAAAAGUUCUAUCCUUCUUUGGCACCAAUUGGCCGACUAUGCCCAGGAGAAAGGCCUCUGGUUUCUUCAAGAAAGUAUAUUUAACUACCUUUUCAGUUCAUUAUAGAUCAUCUCCCAGAAAGCCUUAAUCCUUGGGCACGUCCACCAAAGGUGGAAGAAUGUACCUUCAGUUUCUUUACAUUUCCAACAUUUAUUAUCGGGCAAAUGAUAGAUUUUUGCAAGCUUGACUGGGGUCAUGUACCACCUGUAUACCAUUUUCAUAAUAUUCUCUCUUAAGGCAUUACAUGCCGUAAACUUCAUACCUGUGGUCCAUAACUGUUCCCAGUCAGCCAUCAUUAUAUUGUGUCCAACGUCUUGUGCCCAUUUAAUCAUAGCAGAUUUCACCGUUUCAUCCUGAGUAUUCCAUUUCAACAGCAAGUUAUACAUCUUUGACAAAAUCUUAGUUUUGGGUUCUAACAGUUCUGUUUCUAAUUUUGAUUUUUCCACCUGGAAGCCAAUUUUCUUGUCCGAAUUAUAUGCCUCCAUUAUCUGCAGUCCAGGGUGAAAACUACGGGGGCCCAGUGGGAACAUUCCAUCAGUGGGUGGAGCCCAAAAGUGGGCAGGGCCAGACCCCAAAGUAAGAGUGGCCCAACAAGCUAUUGGGCUCCAUGCUUUCCAUUCUACUAGCCAACCAUAUCUGAGGGAGAGGGUAUCACAUAGUCAGGAUGCUGGAAUGAAGAAUACCCUCUCCUGAGUAGCUGCAAUUACACACCCUUAACACACAAACACAAUGACACAAAAAACUUAACAUCCCUAUAACACACAGUCCCAAGUAUGCAGUCAUUUGCAAAUGCCACAAAUUGCAACAGGAUGAGGAAUGGAGAGCAAGUGGACAUCCAGGUGGUGCAAGCGAAAUCAGCAUCAAGUCAGCUAAAAAGCAAGCCAUUUGCUCUUGGAGCAGGCUCCUUGAUGGCUUCUCAUUCUCAUCCACCUGCCAAACCUAGGCAGUUCUGCUUUAUUCGCUUGCCUGCAUUCAGAUCAGCCAGCCUGUUCCUGUCAAAUUGUGCCCAAGCAGCUGAGGUGUGUCACUGUCCCAGAUUUCCACAGCUAGUAGCCACCAGCCAUGAAAGGCAAGUGCUUCCACUUCUUUCUAGAGCAGGGGGUAGGGAAUCUGUGGUUGUCUAGAUGUUUGGGUGCUCCAGUUCCCAUCAGCCCCCGACAGCAUGGCCCAAUGGUCAGGGGUAAUGGGAGUUGGAGCCACAGGUUGCCCCACUUGUGUUCUACAACAAGCAGGUAAGCUGGAUGGAAGGAGGUUAUCACAGUCACACCCCCCGUUUCAUAAAUGAGUAGAGAUUUUAACUUUCUGUGGAGCAGGUGCUGAGGCAGCCAGUCUGGCUCCUGAGAUGGUUCAUUUUCUUGACGACGUCUACAGUGUUGUAAUAGCCGAGAUGGAGUUGCUGUUGGCCACCUGUGGAGCCCGUCGCAAGGUAAUAAAUGCAUUUUCCCUGUUCUGCUGAUGAUACUGCUUUUAAAACGUAUGAAGCAUUGCUAAAAUCCCAGAGUUAUGACAAGUGGGGUAUUUGUGAAAGGAGGGGCUUGUAUCUCACGAGAAAAUUACAAUGUUCUCCACCACCCAGGGCUGUUUAUCAGUGAGGGCUGGGCUACCCUGGGUCAGUGCUGGGGGGGCAGGUUUGCCCCCUAUUGCCCUGUGGUCUCCAAUUGCUGCAUCCCUCCACUUCUGUGGAAGAAAGUAAGCCCCAAUGGAACCUAAAUAGAAAUAGAUAUAUCUGACUGAUUCCUCUGCUCUCAGCUUCUCAUUUCUCCAAGCUUCUGUUCAUUGUUAUUAUUAUAAGACCUUGCAAAAAAUCAUUUGUAUUGUAGCGCAAAUUUCUCCUGUAUGAAAUGUUGCCCAACACACACGUUUUUCUUGGCAAGCGACUUCCCUUGAUGUAACACAUUUUAUUCAUUACUUUCACUAAUAUAUGCAUUUUUAUUCUUUCCCCUCAUGCAGCCUUUUUUUUUUUUUUUGGUACACAUUGGUUGCAGAAUUGAAUCACAAAAUUCAGGAAAAUGUGAAUUUUGAAAGAUAGCUCUCUUUUGGUCCUCAUAUUGUUUUGGAGAGUGAGAAUUAUUUUUGAUUGAUUGAAUUUACAUCUCGCCCUUCCCCUCCAAGGAGGAAGAGAUAUAGAAAUAAAAAACAAUAAGCAGAAAGAUUCUAAAGCAGGUUAAGAUGAUCCAAAAACGAUUACAAUUGAAAGCAUUAUUCCAUCCAGUGAUCUUGAGGUUGCUGGGAACAAUAUUCUCUAGCCACCAAAUGCCUGGUUAAACAGGAAUGCUUUCAAACUCCUCCUGAAAGUUAAUAGAGAUGGAGAUAAGUGUACCUCAUUAAGGAAGGCGUUCCACAACCAAUGAACCACCACUGAAAAGGCCCUGCCAUGCGUCAGCAUCAACUGGGCAGCCUCUGAUGGCGGCAGCAUCAACUAGGCCUCACCUGCCAGUCGUACUGUCCAAAACAUUUGGUAUUGAGGAAGGCACUCUUUUGGGUACUUGGGUCUCAAGCCAUUUAGGGCUUUAUAUGCUAGUACUAAUUUAGCCCAGGAGCAUAGCCAGGCCAGUGCUUUCAGGACCGGUGUCACAUGGUCCCAUGGGAUUGCCCCAUUUAUCCCAAGGUAGGUUCUCAUUAAAAUCCUAACUGAGCUUAUUCCCACCCCCACCCCCCAAAAAACCCCUAGCUCCCUUUACCUAGCUUUAAGUGUGUUUAAUGAUCCUAUGAAAACAAAGAAAUAAUAGUAACCUUGGCCUGUUAAUAAACAUUCUUUCCAUAAUGGUGUAGUUCAUUUUUAUCCCAGUUUUCUAAUAAAAGAAUAAAGUGGCUUGCGAUAAAAAUAAAUGAUGAUGAGCUAUAAAGCAAUAGAUCAUUAAAAGUAAAAGUAAAACAUUAAUACACAGAGCAGAUGAAAGAAGUUGGCUUGACUCAUCACAAUGACAGUGUGUGUCAUCAGUGAUACUUGGUGGGGGGAAAUCUGUUUUUUGGAAAAUUUCCAAUUUUUUCUGUGGAAAAUAUUCUGUUUUAUAAGUUAUUUAAUAACAAUGAAUGGGUGUCAACUGCAAAUACAGUGGUACCUCGGGUUACAUACGCUUCAGGUUACAUACGCUUCAGCUUACAGACUCCGCUAACCCAGAAAUAGUGCUUCAGGUUAAGAACUUUGCUUCAGGAUGAGAACAGAAAUCGUGCUGUGGUGGCGCGGCAGCAGCAGGAGGCCCCAUUAGCUAAAGUGGUGCUUCAGGUUAAGAACAGUUUCAGGUUAAGAACGGACCUCCGGAACGAAUUGAGUACUUAACCCCAGGUAUCACUGUAAAUACUAGGCAUGUUUGACAGUUUUUAAAAAGUCUGCUUUAACUGUUUGGCAUGGCUACAGCCUUAGUUAGUAGCCUCACCAAACUACAAUGAUUGACAGCAAAUUCUAUCUUCAUAGGCACAUCUCGAAGGAAGUGCGCAAGGAGGUGAAGCUUUAUGGAAACUGCCCCAGUCAUCAAGGGUCUCGGGAGAAACUUCCAUGGUUCUGCAGAGGCCUAAAUCCAUUGAGAGUAAAGACAUUUGUCUAGUCUUAUCUAAAAGACCAGCUUCUCAAGUCAGUGGAAAUGGAAAAGGUACCAGCUUUGCAUUCGAAAUUCUAAAAGUGAGGCUUAAACCUGUGUAUGAAAAAUUUGUUCAGCCCAACAUGCUUCAUUAAAAAUCUCUGGAAGCUGCCUUGUAUCAAGUCAUAUCAACAUCAGUCCAUCUAGCUGACAAGCAAUAACACUCCAGUAUUUCCAUCUCCUCCCAGGAGAUGCCAGGGAUUGAAUUUGGGACAUUUCACGUAGUAUAUAGAAUGGUCGCAUCCAUACCAUACAUUUAAAGCACACUGCCCCACCCCCCAUUUAAUCCUGGCAACUGUGGUUUCUUAAGGGUAACUGGGAGUUGUAGUUUAUGCCUCACACAGCUACAUUUCCCAGGAUUCUCUGGGGGAAGCUAUGAGCCUUAAAUCCAAUUUAGACCUAUGGUGUAGAUGGGAUCAUAAUGUGAAAACAAGGGCCAGAUCAGGUGAGAUGAUGGAGAGCUGCGAUUUGAUCUCCUUUUUAAAAAAAUGUAGGUGGGGAACAGCCACCACCAGUGACUUGGGCUAUAUAGCAGGGGGAAAGAUUUGGUUUGGGACCACAGCAUUGGGGAGUUAACCCUUUCUCCACUGGUGCUAUUUUCCUGAUGAAAAUUCCCCCUCCAGCUCCAUGGUCCCCAUCCAAAUCGGGGGCAGGGAGAGGUCACUAGUGCUUUCCCCACCAAAUGUAGAGGAAUGGGAGAGCCGGGCAUUAUGGGUCCCUAUCAUUUUUAGUAGUUUGGUCAUUGUACACACGUUACAUGUGUUAACUUCAAAACCAUUAGGUGUACACACCUAAAAACUCUGAAUGAGCGAGUCAUCUCCAAAUCGGAUAUCAUUGAUUAAUUCACACAACAUCUGCUGUGUGUGCGCGUUUGUUUGUCUUCCCUUCCACUGAAAGAAAGAAGCCAGAUCCGCUUUGAAAGGUUUGUCCCCCCCCCCUUUACAGAGACAUAAGAAACAUAAAAAGCCCUCCACUUCAAAGGCACCCACAAGUGUUUGCUUUCAUAGCACUAAGAGCUAAUAGAGGUUAUUCCCCUCCUCCCUUCAGCUGAUACAGAGUGUCUUCAUCUUUUAUCCAUUCAGACUAAAAGCAAUUCGGUACACUAGUGCACCCACCCAAGCGCGCUGUAAGCGAGGCUUAAUUUACUGUGGCGUAUGUGUCACUUUCCAAAAUAAUGCCCCUCUGCCAGCUUGUUUUCAGCAUAGUCCCAUGAGCCUUUUUAGCUCCGCAGCGCUGGAGUAUUUUAAAUAUUUUGAAUCGGAAGCCGGAUAGUUCAGUUGUGAAGUAUGCACAAGUUGUAUUAAAAACUGGGAGAAAGCGGCUGAGCAGGGUGGGUGGGUUGGUGGGAGAACAGGUAACAAAUAAGCACCUAAGAAAACAGAAAGCUCUCCAAAGUCUCUUGCAUUGGAAAAAUAAUUUCAACAUCCUAAUGGAAUGCCUGCAAUUCAGAGAGCCACUUCUGAUGUGCUAGCAGCCAGUGGGCAUUUUGACUUUCUUCUUCCUCUCUUGACGCUCCUUCUCUCCAACAUGUUCCAAACCACUUUUGAUACUUUAUGCAGUUUCAGAAGUGGUUUGCUGUGUGGUAUCAUGCGGCUGCUCUGACUCGGUUCUUUAGAUCCUGGCUGACACACAGAUAUACGGGUAUACAGCUAUCAGAGCAAAACAUAAGAACAUAAGCAGAGCCUGGCUGCUGGAUCAGGCCAAGGGUAUUCUCCCUACUUGUGAUUCCCAGCAACUGGUUCUCAGAAGCACACAGCCCCCAACACUGGAGGCGUUACAUAGAGUCAUGUGACACAUUAAAGAACAGUCAUGUGACACUUUAAAGACGGACGCAUUUUUAGAAUCCUGGACUCGCGACAAAAUUUAGUCCAUCAUUUGUAUGUGCGAUCUUGGUGGAUCCAAAUAAAUAAGGCUCAUGGGUCCUUAUUGGCAUGCAUUGAUUUCCAGCCAUGUUUAAACUGUAGGUCCAAAAUCAAUGCCUUUUUUUGUUCAGUUUAUCUCUUUGGUUUUGUGUUUAUUAUUUAUUUAUAGCAGUUGUAACCCUGCUCUUCAGCCAAAAGCAGUCUUGGAGCGACUUGCAUACCAGCCAAACAAGACAGUCCCUACAGUCAAUAGAGAGAUAGAUACACAAGGGAGAAGGGACAGGGAGAGGGAAGUGGAAAACCAGAACCAAAACUCAGGCACCAUUUUGUAAACCGUUUGUUUCUAUAAUGACCAGCUGGCCCAGAUCAGGGGCAGGAGGUGUCUGACGGAGCUGGGCUUCCAGCAGACCUGAUGGAAUGUGUCCUAUGGCUUCCCAUCUCUCCCACGGAGGCAGCCUGGUGGAAUAGCUGCCCCUGGGUGACAGCUGAGAGGAGAGGAGGCCUGGUGGGGCAGGUCUACCACAGUAGAGCAGAUCUCUGCCUCCCCGCUCCCCGACUUGCUGGAGUGGCUGCUCCCAAAUGAUGAGCUGGGGUGGAAGGUUUCCUUUCCUUUCCUUGACGGCUUAGGAGUCACUUUUUAAAAAUUACAUCUGUUCUUUUCAGACUUGCAGUUGCAUAUCAGACCUGAGCUACACCCCCCUGUUCUUAGCUGCCCAGAGAGCGAUUUAUUAGGCGAUUUGCUCUGUGCCAUAGUCUCUCGAGGUUCCGAGAACAUGUCAGUGGCGUGUGAAAGUCUUAGUGGGAAACUGCUUCCAAGGACACUCCGGCAGUUCAUUUGGAUUGAUAAACUCCUGAGAGCCAGCUCUGGAAGCCCGCAAACCAAAGAACUCAUGUAAGUAUCUCCGGGAGUGCAGCUGAAGAGGGGGAAGACAAGUUCCUGACCGCUCCCCUCCCUAUGUUGAUGAAGCAGGGGCCGUAAUUCAGCAGCGGAGCACGUGCUUAGCGUGUAGAAGGCCCCAGACCCAAUCCUCACCAAAGGAGCCUGAGUAUUACGCUAGGAAAGACGUCUGUGUCCCGGAAUGGCUCCUGGCUGCAAACGCUCUCAGCAGGGGCUGUGAGAAGAGCCAUCCAUGGCGGUGACCAAACCUGUGAGACAAGGCUUGUCACAGCAGUAGAGUCGGCCAUUGCUGGUGCUGUGAAGGCAUAGAUGUGUUCUGGUUUGAUGCGAGAUCCCAUGGGGGGAAAGCAGGAAGUCUGGUUGAAUUCUGCAGAACCAUGGACAGCUCUGAGUGACCAACUUGCUCCAACAGAGACAGGCAGCAGGCUUAGGCCUUUUGUGCCUCUACCUCCCCAGACUGCCUCUUCCAGUCUCCACACCCUUGAGAGAGUGUCAUCUUAAAGAGCCAAUCCUCUAGCCUGAAGGUGGGCACCCCUUCUUUCCACAGCCUUCCUCCUGGUGCUCCGCUGCCCCUGUCAGACUGGUGAUGUGCAAGGGGAAGCGCCUAGUUCUUUAUGUUCAGGGUAAGGUGUCCAUGAGGGCCCAGACUCUGGCCCUAUAAGCCCUAGUGGUCAGGGAGGUUCCUCUGGGAGUUGGAAGAAUCAUAGAGUUGGAAGGGACCUCGAGGGUCAUUUAGUCCAACCCCCUGCAACGCAGGAAUCUCAGCUAAAGUUUCUGUCAGGUAUGCGUGCAGGAGCCAGGCCCUGUGACCAAUAGGACUUUGCAGGACUGGGACCUUCCUAAGUUAGUUCUGAAGAGGCAAGUCGCAGCCUCACAGGAGAGGCCGAUUGGUAACUCACAGCACCUGGUGGCAAGAGCUGGGAAGGUUUAUAAGGUCAGCAUUUCCCUUCAGCUCUUUGCCACAGCAACCCAUUACCUGCCUUGCUGCAUUUGGCUUCUUGCUUCCUGAUCCUUGAACCUCGGCUUCUUGACUCCCUGCUUCUUGAUCCUUGGACCCUUGGCUUCUUGACUCCCGGCUCUAUGACCCUUGGACUCUUGGCUUCCUGACUCCUGGCUUCUGGACUCCCGUUCCUCCUCCCACCCCACCAUCUUGCCCCAGGUCCUGACGUCCCCUGCCGGGACUUUGCUUGCCCGUGAACCGGACUGUGACAGUUUCCAUGACAGAUGGUCACCCAACCUCUUCAACUUAAAGGCCUCCAAGGAAGAAGCGCCCACAGCCUCCUGAGGGAGUCCAUUCCACUGUCAAACAGCUCUAACUGUCAGAAAGUUCUUCCUGUUGGUAGGGUUGAAUAAUCUGUCUUGAAGAUUUGAUCAUUGCUUCUGCUUUCUGGCACUUUGAACUCUGCUUCUGGCUCCUUUCAAUUAAAAAGAAAUUAGUCCUGAGACCUAUUUUUAAAAGCCCUCAAAACUAUAAAAUCCAUCCUAGGGCUACUGAGAGAGAGGCCAGAGAGGACUUUGGGCAAACUGUAGCGUGGCGGAUGGCGGAACUGAAUCUCCGAAGUGCCACAAGGUCACCUCUUUCAGGUCUUAUUGAAAAUGCAGUUGUUGAGGUGAGUUGAAGGACCCCGACAGUUACAGGCAGGCACUCCCUAAUAUUUCAAAAAACGUGGGGUUGUGGUGAGGAGGAAGAGGGUACGGAGCAGCAACCCAGUUCCCUCAACUUCCAUGACUCAAUGGGAAGCUGUGGGGUGGGGGUGGGGGAGGAAGCAGACAGAGAGAGAUGCAGGCAGAAUAAAAAGGCCGGAAUGGACUUGCAGUUUCUGCCUACACCUGUCUCUGGAAGUAGAAGUGUUUUCAGCAGUAGCCUGACCUGGUGCUACUAUUCGUAUAUAGAGCUCAUAAUGGCUUGGGACCAGUUUACCUGCAAGAUCACCGUACCCCAUAUGUGUCCAUUUAACCACUUCAGUCUGCUGACCAGCACUGUUACAGAUGCCGUGAUACUCAUUCUGCAUUUGUUAAGUCAGUCUUUUAGUGUGGCAGGACACUCACUUUGGAACCCCCUGCCUAUCAGGCAGGCAGCCUCACCAUAGUGCUUUUGAUGCCGGCUUAAGGCUUUUUUUGUUUAGGCAAAGCCUAUCCAGACAUGUAGAAUGUUGGUGGUUUUUUUUAUCUGGUUGUUGUUUACUGUUGAUUUUAAAUAUUAUUUUUGGGAUUGUUUCAAAUACAGUGGUACCUCAGGUUACAUACGCUUCAGGUUACAUACGUUCCAGGUUACGGACUCAUUAGCUAAAGUGGUGCUUCAGGUUAAGAACAGUUUCAGGUUAAGAACGGACUUCCGGAACGAAUUAAGUACUUAACCCGAGGUACCACUAUAGCUGGUUUAAACUGUUUAUACUGAUAAUUUUAUUGUUCUUUUUGCUUUGAUGCUUUUUUUUUUUAAUCGGCAAGUGGCAUAUAAAUUUUGUAAUUUAAGUAAAUACCUUGACUUGCUGGGGAUAAAUAAUUGAUUUAAAAACAUUGAAAAACCACUUUAAAAUAUAUAUAUAUAUAAGUUGUGUAUAACCUGGGAUAAUUGAACCUGGCAUCUUCUGCAUAUGAAAUCUACGCUCUACCGUGGAGUUGCUGUCGUUAUUAUUAUAUUUACUCAAGGUGGCUUACAUAUAAAGCGACAACUGCUAAAAUCCUAGUUAUGGCCCCUUAGUUCCUGCUAUGGGCUUAUUUAGAAGGACUGUGUUACAACCCCAAACACACUUUCAGCUGUUAAAACUGAGAAGUUUUGUCCCAUAUUAACUUGAGUAUUUUCACUCCCAUGCUGUUCUCACUGCUACAUGCCAAAAAUACAGCAUUUCCCCCCCUGCCACCCACCUAAUUUCUUCCAACAGAAAUACAGAAGCGUUCCCUGCAUGUGUUCCUUUGCUACAAACGAGCAGGUGAUUUUGGAGACCAGCAAAAGCUUAAACGUCUUGUAUGUUUUCAACGGCACCUAUGACCCCUACCUCAUCUACUGGCUUUUCCCUCUGCAAAUGGCAUUUAAGCAAAUAGCACCAAGAGGUAAAUCAUUUACCGCCCAAAAUGACUGCAGGAUUUCUGUUUCUCUGUGUGCAGGUGUUAUGCCUGCAUCUGUUGGUAGGUCUCUUGGGUGAUUUGAAGCGUUACAUUAUUAAUUAAAUUUAUAUCCCACUCUUCCUCCCAAGGAAGUCCAGCGUGGCAAACAACAAGAGAGAAAAUGAUAAACAAAAAAAUCUUAAAUAGAAUGCAGACUUGGAAAGAUCCCCAAAAGGCCUGUUGAAAGAGGAAGGUCUUCAGUAGGUGCCAGAAGGACAACAGGGAUGUUGCCUGUCUCCUAUUCAAGGGGAGGGAUUUAAGUAGAUCAGGGAGGAUCCCAAAAGUUUAGCAAUGGCAACAACAACAUGAAUGUCCUCUAAAAUUAUACUUCUGAAAUAAAGAAAGCCAUGGCGUUGGAAUCUGGGAGGCGGAGUAUUUCUGGGGUAGGUUUUCGUAUGGAAGGAUUGUGAUCUCAGUUCAGUUUGGGUACUCAAAACUAAUUCCUGGGCUUGGAAGUAUUUAAUUCUAAUUGAAUACUUUUAGCACCUAGGUUAGGCUGACAUAGAAUGGCUAGGUAAUACAAGAAUUACAGAAACCUGCUAGAGCAGGAAUUGGGGAAUAUUUUUCCUGUUGGCAGGUGGGGGGGGGUUAGAAUUGGUGGUAGUUGGGACACAAGCCAAAAGUGAGAGCAUCUUUCCUUUUCUCUCUCUUUGUGCCAGCAUUUUCUCUCUUUGUGCCACUCCUUUUUCCACACUCUUUUUUGACAGUCCCUCUCUCUUCCUUUCUCUUGUUCUCUCUUUCUCUUUGUGCCACCCCUUUUUCAUACUUUUUGACACCCAUUUUCUGUCUCUGUCUGUCUGUCUGUCUGUCUGUCUCUUUCUCUCUCUCAACCCCCUUUUCACAUUCUCUUUUCUGCCACCCCUUUUCUCUGUCUGCAACAGCCUUUUCGCUCCCACCCAACUUGGUGAUUGAAAUGAGCUACCAUGGGGGGGGGGAGUAUCUUAUAAUAUAUAAAGGUUAACAUGAUUGCUUUGAUUUUCAUUGUAGCAGAACACCCCUAUGAAUUAGCCAUGUACCUGCAUUCUCUGCACCAGAACCUAUUCCCAACUUGGGGGGAACUCUUUGUAACUGCGGAGUCAGUGAUGAGCCUUCUGGAGAGAGAAGAUGCUGAAUUCUUUGCUCACCUUCAUCGCGCUUUCAAAAAGAAUGUCACAGUUGACCCUGAAGUACCUAUUUAUUUAUUUAUUUAUUUAUUUAAGAUAUUCGUUUGCUGCUCUUCACCAGAAGAUUCUGGAGGAGUGUACAAAAGCAUGAAUAAAAUUAGAUAAAAAUACAGUUUUGAAGUAAGGGACGCAGGUGGCUCUGUAGUCUAAACCACUGAGCCUAGGGUUUGCCGAUGGGAAGGGCAGAGGUUCGAAUCCCCGCAACGGAGUGAGCUGCCGUUGCUCAGACCCAGCUCCUGCCAACCUAGCAGUUCGAAAGCACGUCAAAGUGCAAGUAGAUAAAGAGGUACCGCUCCGGCGGGAAGGUAAACGGUGUUUCUGUGCACUGCUCUGAUUUCACCAGAGCGGUUUAGUCAUGCUGGCCACAUGACCCGGAAGCUGUACGCCGGCUCCCUCGGCCAAUAAAGCGAGAUGAGCGCCGCAACCCCAGAGUCGGUCACGACUGGACCUAAUGGUCAGGGGUCCCUUAAAAUGACAUAGCUAAAAAAUAACAGCAAUUUAAAACAAAAAAACCACAACAAAAAACGGAGCCCUCUCUGCCCAGCAGCAGUGGCAGCAGUUCUUUAUGGAGCCUGCCAGGCCCGGCCUAGGCCAGGUAGUGAGUGGCAGGACUGGGGCCCCCAGGCACUCAGCAGGGGAGUCCUGGGUCCAUCAGGUAAGAAAGGGGUGGGGUAUCACAGUUCAAGGACACAUCCUACUGAAGAAGAACAAAAGAAGGAACAGGCCUAGUGUGGUCUAGGGAGGGCCAGACAGGGAAUCCCAGAGGGCCUUAAGUUCCCCACUCCUAUAUUAUGCCUCAGAUUCAAGAGGCAAAUUGGAAUGGAAAGUGCCCCAUGCUUGUAGGAAGUAAAGAAUGGGGAGGACCCGCUAUUAUUCCCCUACAAAUGCUAUGGUUCCUCCCCCCCCUUUUUUUAAGGAUUUCCUGGUGGAAUUGAUACUUCAAGAAAGAGGGAGAGCUCAAGGGAUCUGCGCAUUUGAAAAUGGAUUCCCAUCAAGACAAAACGGAACCAAAGAAAUACUGGCAAGCCCCGUGGUUUUCCUUAGGAAGUGGAUGGGAGAGGUAAAAACGAAGAAGCCAGCAAAUCCUUUUUUGGUAGAGUGGGGAGCUUGUCAAAUAAAUUGUUUGCCUGACCACCCUUUACAACUGAAAACUUUACUGAGGUGGUCAGAAUAUGUCACAGAAUCCUGUUAGCCGCCAGAUUUUAGACCCCGUGGAGGAGAUUUCUCCUAAGAGUGAAGUUGUGUAAUGUUUCUGGAGUUUGUCUGCAGCACCAGCUUGCAGCCACAAGGGGGCUGUCCUGCAGCUACAGCCACACUGCUGUGUCCAAUGUGUGCUCUGGCUCAGUGGAUUCCAAAUUCCCGUUCUUCAGCUAGUGUUAUGGAAGAAGAGGGGAGAAACUCCUUCCCACCUUGACCAGCCUGUCAAGGAGCCCCCACCUGCAGAAAGGACAGAUUCUAUGGCAGCAAUAUCCAUUGUGCUUACAGAAAGUGGCUAAUGUCAUGAAAAAUGAAAUAAAUCAUUAAAGGCUCCUGUGAGGCUCCUCCACCAGAGGGAGGCUGCUCGCUGUGUCUCUGCAUGAUUCACUGCUCUGGCAAGGUAAGAUGUUCAAGCUGGAGCCUCACAGGGGCAGGGUUCAAAUGUUGCUUCAGCACCAGACUCUGCUUUAAAUAGAACCGCAGCUCAGUUUGGGUGGCUCUCUCUACCUGCAGUGAGAUAAGCCUCUCUUGUUUAAGCCUCGCUUGCCUCAGCAGCUGUUGACUCAUGCUAGUGGCCACUGCUGAGGAACAGCUAAUCCUGCUACCUCUCAGCAUUUUGUGUGAUUGGAUCAGCGAGUCACUCCUCAUACGCAAACACAGAAGAAAUUACCCAGCUGCAGAGGGGUCUUCCCAGUGCAUCUCUGCGUGAUUCAUUCCUCUAGCCUCCCCUCCUUCCAAUUUGCCUUUGUUAGGUGAAGGUAACUGUGCCCUGACUUUGCAUCAGUUGUGAUUGGAUCACAGGACAGCAGAAUUACUUGCCUUUUGAAGAAGCUGCCUGUUGUGUCUCUGUAAGAAUCACCGCUCUGGUUCCCAAUCAGCUUCCGCUGGAAUUGUGUGAUUCCAUCCUAUCUUAACAUCAUAUGCAACUUGGAGUGUUAAUGUCCAUCUUGCUCUUGCAGAGAAGCAGGGGAGUUAAUUGCCUUUGGAGGAGGCAGAUCCUGAAGAAUGACUUACGCAGAGUGGGAUUGCCUCCUGUUCGGAUGGGUCAUUUUUGUGCUCUCACAUUCUGAAAAGAAACCUCUUUUGCAAUGCCCUCUUCCAAUGUAGCUUUAGAAAGAAAAUGGUGCCUUGGCUAUCACACAUUGGGGAGACACUGGCACCAACGUAAAACUGGCUUUCCUGUCUCGCAUAGGGGUUUGUCGGUGUUCUGAACUUGCCUGCUGUCUUGUUGAUCUGGGACCAGUUAUUCAUGAAAGACUGGAGUCUAGAUGUGAUGCAGAAUUUCUGUGUCUCCAUCCUUCUGUUAUUAAAGGAGUCGUUCAUGGCAGCUGAUGACUACCCAGCAGUUCAACAAGUGUGUAUUAGCUUGCUUUCUAUUUGGGGGCUGCAGUUGGAUGGGGCGGGGGGAGGGAAAGAAACUGGAAUUUUGAUUUCUUGCUCAUAUUCUUCCUCUUACUGGCUUCACUUCUCCCUGCCCUCCCCUUCCUUUCUUCUCUCUAUACAUUGCAAUAAUAUAAAACAAAAGAACAGCCAAUGGACCACCUAGUCCAGCCUCCUGCUCUCACAGUGGCUCCCCAGAUGCCUGUGGGAAACCCACAAACAGGAUCUGAGCGCAAGAGCACUGUCCUCUCUUGAGGCUUCCAGCAACUGGUAUUCAGAAGCAUCAUAGAACAUAGCCAUCAUGGCCCGUAGCCACUGAUAGGUGCUGCAUGGAGAAGUAUUCUCUUUUAUCCAUGUGCCACAACCUCAAGCAUCAGCCAGGACUCGGGUCUGACACAGAGGCGGUGCACCAUCCAGGCAGGUCUUUGGAGCAGAAGUCUUGUGCUCAGGUCCUACUUGCACUUCUGGUUGGGACUUCAAGGAUGCUGGACUAGAUGGGCCACAGGCUCUUCCUGUGUUAUUGAGCUACAGAGGUGCUGAGUACAGGCCCCCAAAUUGGGAGCCCUUGGAGACAGAGACCUCAAACUAGGAUGCCAUGAGGCAGCAGCACUUCAUGAGCCAGAUUUUUUUACGGGACCGCCUCUCCUGGUAUGCCCCGCAGAGGACCUUAAGGUCAAUUAAUAACCAUAUUUUAGAGGUCCCGGGCCCUAAGGAAGUCAGACUAUCCUCCACCAGGGCCAGGGCCUUUUCAGUGAUGGCUCCGACCUGGUGGAAUGCUCUGUCCCAUGAGACUAAGGCCCUUCCGGAUUUAACCUCCUUCCGCCGGGCCUGUAAGACAGAGCUAUUCCGCCUGGCCUUUAAUUUGAAUUCAGCCUGAUCUUUUAUUUCCCUUCUCUUCCCUUCCCCUCCCCUUUUAUGAAGGGGACCCCACAGCUAAUUCUCCCCUGGCCUCCUCGCUGGCCCAAGUAGGACUAAUUCAGCCAGCUAGCCUGGGUGACCAUCUAAUGUUUAUUGGAUGGAUUUCCCCCAAAUUGAUUUUUGAACUUUGAAUUUUAUUGUUGUUCAUGCUUUUAUACUGUAUUUUAUGCUGCUUUUACAAUUAAGUGUUUUAAAUUUGUUGUUAGCCACCCUGAGCCUGGUUUUUGAACCGGGAAGGGUGGGGUAUAAAUAAAAAUUUAUUAUUAUUAUUAUUAUACCUCCAAAGAGCUACCCCCUCUACACCAGGGGUCUUGGGCUCCCCAGUGCCUGCUCCUCAUUGCUGACAAUGCACAAAGUGGAAAUGGAUGGGGAGGCAAGGGGGUGCUAAGUUCUGGGCCAGAGACACUUCAUCAAGGAGAGUGGAGCUUAAGAGGGGUAGUCUGGCUCAAAGGAGACAAAAGAUCUUCCUUGGAGCCAGUUGCCAACUUGGAGCUGUCUGAGGUCCUGAAGGCUCCAGUGCGAUUCGGCUGGAUCUGCCAGCCUCGUGGGCUCCUGCUGGAGUUACAGCCCUGGGGAAGGGCUGUCUCCCAUAGAAUCAUAGAACUGUAGAGUUAGAAAGGACCAAGGCAAUGAUUUGACCAACUCCCUGCAAUUCGCGAAUAUUUCACCCCAUGUGGGGCUUGAACUCACAACCCUGAGAUUUAAGUGUCUCAUGCUCUACCGACUGAGCUGUCGCUCAAUAGCAGAUCAUCUGCUUUGCAUGCAGAAGGUCGCAAGUUCAAUUCCUGACAUCUCCAGGUAAGGCUGGCUGAAACCCCAGAAAACUGCUGCCUGUCUGUGUAGGCAGUACUGGUCUAGGUGAACCCAAUGGUCUGACUUAUUAUAAGACAGUUUACUAUGUUUCUGUGUCAUAUGAGGAUUUGGGAGACCUGGGUUCAAAUCACAGUUUGGACUGGAAGCUCACUGGAUAGCCUUGGGCCAGUCUCUCUCCCCUCCCCCCUCUCUCUGGCUAACUUACCUUCACAGAGCAUUUGUGGAUAAAAUGAGGUUUAUUUCAUUUCAUUUUUAAUUUAAGCAGCUGCCUUUUUAUACACAAAGCAGUUUAGAAUCCAUAGAAAUGACAAAAUAUACAACAAGUAUCACACCUAUUAUAACAAUCCGAUCCAGCGAUGAUAAUGUCAUCAUGAGCUUGAUAGCAUCAUUUAUGUUAAAAAGAAUAAGAAAUAAACCUGUUAGGAAAUAAACCCAUAGACAAAAACAAUUCAGCCUUUCAUAAUGAAUAUUGCGGGGGGGAGGGGGAGAGCGGAACAAUAAGGUGAGUUUGCAGAAACAAAUCAUAUUUUUCAGGUGUCCUUUUAAGGGAGAGGGGAAAUGCCUUUAUUUCCAGCAGAAAGUGGCCUUGAUGUCUAUGAAAUACUGAUGACCCAAUCUGUAUCAUGCAGAGUGUUGAAUUCCUCCCUCCUUCUCCCUCUCAGGUGUUUCUGUCUUCAGCCUCCCAGCUUCUCACAGCUGACAUUCAAAGGGCUUGGAUUCACUUACAGCAAGGGGGCUUGCCUGCUGAUGUUCCUGGGCUUAAUAGACUGAAUCAAAGGUAGAGGACCACACCCUGGCUCAAAAAUACCUACAAGGCCAGUUGGUAACUAAAUAACAGUUGUACCUUGGAUCCCAAAUGCCUUGGCUCCCGAACACCGCAAACCCGGAAGUGAGUGUUCCGGUUUGCGAACGUUCUUUGGAACCCAAACGUCCGACAUGACUUCCGCAGCUUCUGAUGGGCCGCAGGAGCUUCCUGCGGCCAAUCGGAAGCCGCACCUUGGUUUCUGAAUGUUUUGGAAGUCGAACGGACUUCCGGAACGGAUUCCGUUUGACUUUCGAGGUACCACUGUACACCAGGGAUGGGGAACAACCCUAGCCAUGAUAGUUGCUGCUGCUGCUGUUGUUAUAGUUUCUUCUACUCAGAGUAGACCCGCAGAAAUUAAUCGACUUGUUAGUCAUGUCUAUUUCAGUGGGUCUACGCUGAGUAGGGCAAAAAUAAAGUGAACCCAUAGGCAUUUAGCGACUUCCACCUACAAAAAUGGAUGCAAUGGAUACCGCCCAUUGCAUCAUAGUCACAGGUGGCUCUUCCUGUGUUAAAGGACACUGGCUUGGACUAGAUGACUUCUGGAGUCGCACACUCCUAAUUUUGGCAUUCCAUUUUUUGUGCUGGCUGCAGCACUCUAAAGCCACACUUUCUGCCCACUCGAUCUUCCUCCUCUUGCUGAGAAAACACUGCGGUGCAGCCAUUCUCUCAUUUGACUUAUAAAUUAAGGAGAGCAAUUCUAAAUCCUUCAGCCACAAUGAAUAUUUUAUACUGGGAAAUUAUGCAUGCCUGUCUGUGCUGUGUGCAGAAAUAGUUUUGCGAUGCUCAUGUGUGUAGUUGUGGUUUUUGGUGGUUGUUUUCAAGUACAAAUGCUGGACUCUGUUGUUCCUGCUUUUGUUUUUCUGGGAUGUGUGUGUUUUUCACAGCAGACUGCAGAAUAACUUUAAUGAGCAAAAGUAAUUAAAAUGAGAAUUUAGCUCUGAUUGUUGCCUACUGCUCCCUCCUCUUCCUCUGUGUACUGAGAGGAGGAACUAAAUUAUGAAAACCCACUAAUUAGCACUAUUUGCAUGUGCAGGCCGCUUGUGGAUCUGUCUCCUCCGAGGCAUGGCUCAGCAGAAGGUACGUAACUCCCCCCCGCAACCCGCCCUGUUCUAGGUUGAUGCUAAUACUGAAGAACACAAAAGAGAGAGCGUAAAGGUUAAAAGUCCCUGCAGAUCACAAUAGCUGGCAUGUCUUAGCAGAGAUCUCAGCUACCACAACAAUCAUGACUUACUCUACUGUGUAUUGAGCCUUUCUAAAGCACUCCGCAAUCAUUAUUAGAUUUCCUCUGAAAAAAGGGUUUUAGACUCAUUCAAGAAACUGCAGUGCCUGGUAGAAUAAGCCAUGCUUUUUGUGACAGUGGGUGCCUGCUUCUUCUCACCCCCUCCAGGCCUGGUAUUCUGCAAUUACUGGGCCAAGCUGGUGGGCUGUGGUUGUUGCUUGUGGGUCACGGGUGCAACAGUUGUCUUGUCUUGUGAAUCACCUUGAGAUCUUUUGACGAAGGGCCACAAAAGUGGGAGAACCGCCCCUGCCGCCCCAGAGCAUGCAUGUUAUAAAAAGUUACAGGAUUUCAGCAGGAAUAAUAAUAAUAAUAAUUUAUUAUUUGUACCCCGCCCAUCUGGCUGGGUUUCCCCAGCCACUCUGGGCGGCUUCCAACAAAGAUGAAAAAUACACUAAAAUGUCACAUAUUAAAAACUUCCCUGAACAGGGCUGCCUUCAGAUGUCUUCUGAAUGUCAGGUAGUUGUUUAUCGCUUUGACAUCUGAUGGGAGGGUGUUCCACAGGGCGGGCGCCACUACCGAGAAGGCCCUCUGCCUGGUUCCCUGUAACUUGGCCUCUCGCAGUGAGGGAACCGCCAGAAGGCCCUCGGAGCUGGACCUCAGUGUCCGGGUAGAACGAUGGGGGUGUUAUGCAACAUGCACCAAUUGGAAACAGAGCAAUAUAUCCGCCCCAGGACACAAACAGCGUCUCAAGCGGGAUUGCAGAUAACCACCCCGAUACCCUCAUGAACGCAAAUCAUCAUGAAUGGACAAUGAAAAGGACAUGGGGGGAAGGGCUUUUGUUUUUAAGGUGCCAAAACACACUUUAUUGCUUUUGCUGCCCCUCUGGAAAUUGGUUAAUGAUGAUCUUUUGACAAUUUGUUUUCACAGCUGGAAAAAUGUGUCUGGACCCGGGGGAAAUCUCGCCAACUGGCGUGAAGGAUAUUUUAUUGACGGUAGUUUUACCAGUUCCUCGGGCUGAGACUCGCCACAGUGUAAGUAGUAAAUUAAUUAUAUGGGCAUGGCAAUAAUCUUUAAUUUACCAAAGAGAGAAGUCAAGUGAAGAGAGUUGUGGGUGUAGAUAACUUGUUUUGAGCAAAACCCAUGGCAGGGGUGAGGCACCUGGGGCCCACCUUGAUGUUGUUGAACUCCAAAUCUCAUCAGCCCCAGUCAGGGAUGAUGGGAGAUGGAGUCCCACCACAUCUGGAGCCCCACCCGGAUGAAAUCACAUUACUCAUUACUCUGCAAUUGCUAUCUUCUAAUGUUUCUAAUUCAUUCAAUUAUUUUUUCUUUCAAUUUUUAUUCAUUUUAAUAUAAACCAAAACAAUAGCACCAUGACUCAAUAUAAAGCAUAAAAUGCAGAACUGAAAAAGGGAGUACACAAAAGCAGUACCAUGAUACAGAUUAAGAAAUACAUUUAUAUCCAGUAUCAAAGGACUAUCAUUCUUAAAUCGUGUCCUCAAUCCCCUAGGCGAAGGGAUAGAAAACACAGCAUGAUUUUGCAAAAUGCUACACCUGUUGUCUCAACCAGAUCCAUUUGUAGUGCAAGUGGAAGAGAGAGCCCAUAGGUUGUAUGUUGCCACCCCAGAGCCCCUCCCUGCUAACCUUGCCCCAUAUCACCAUUCCACCCUCCCAUAUGCCACUGAAACAGGGUUUGAAAGCCACUGCUCUAUUGUAAUGGAUCACGCCAGUUACGACCCAUGAUAUAUUUUCCUUUGUUUGCUGACUGUAUCAUACGUUAUAGCAGGGUGGACUGAAGACUUGUGCCCUUUCAGUAAUACAAUCACAGGUAGGCAUUGGAAAAGUAAUGUUUUUCCCCUGCGAUUAAUUAAAUUGAUCUGCACAGUGACCCAUUCAUCGUAAUGUAGAAUAAUAUGUCUUGUUCCUUUUUUUAACACCCACCCCCGCCCCGCUCCCUUCUCAUAGGAGUCUCUCUUUAAAAAAUUUGAUCCUUCUGCUGUGAAGUUAACAGUUUCGGUGUAUUGUGGCCCUGAAAUGCUGCGUUCCAAGACAAGCUCUUUCAGCUCCUCCCUUCUACGGAAAACCCAAGGAAAAACAGAAACAGGAUUUACUCUUCAGUUCAGUGGUAUGAAAACGAACCAGUUGGUUGCUGAGUAUUUUUAAUGAUGGAAGGCCAUUAUCAGCUGAAACACAAUAAAUAGCUUGCCCUUCCCCAAGCUGGUGCUCAGCCAGGGAACAUCAGCUCUCCAGUGGAUGGUGGUCCACAGGUUGAGAAUGAACCUGUUUCUGGGAGAGCAGCCAGGUGUGAGGGAUCCCCUGGUCCUGAACCAGGUAACCGUGCCCAUAAAAGACCAGGUGCGCAGUCCGGGAGUCAUUUUGGACUCACAGCUGUCCAUGGAAGCAUAUGCAGGUCAAAUCUGUGUCCAGGACGGCUGUCUACCAGCUCCAUCUGGUAUGCCAGCUGAGACCGUACCUGUCCGCACACUGUCUCACCAGAAUGGUACAUGCUCUGGUUAUCUCCCGCUUGGAGAGGAGGUUAUUGUUUUGUUUUUGUUUUAUUAUGUAUUUUGUGUUCUCAUUCUGUUGUGAACCGCCCUGUGGUCUUCGGAUGGAGGUCAGCAUACAAAUUUAAUAAAUAAUAAAAAACCACUAAUGAUGAUGGGAGUUGCAGUCUGUCAUUCCUGGCAGCAGUCCCGUGUUCUUUCUGACAUGUAGGUCCGCCCCAAAAGAAUUAAGUUAUCCCCAGAAAAUCUGUCUGCUGAAUAAAUUAUGAGCUAAUUUCUCCCUGCUUUUUGUAAUAUACUGUGCAGAACAAUAAGUUGCUGCUGAGAUUGACUAAUGGCUGGAAACAAAUUGAGAGGUUUAAUUAAAGCUCAAAAGCUAUUUAUUGUGAGAAUACUGCAAAUCAAUAGAGAGUACUGCUGUUAUACAACCAGGCAGUACAUAAAAUAUCUUUUUUUCCCUCCUUCCCCCUUCCCUCCCAAACGAGUCCUGCUGAGGAAUUGGAAAUGUUACGCCGUUUGCAGUUUUUGUCGGUAGGAAGUACUUAAGAUGAGAAACUGACUAAAGGAAGGUCACAGCCAACUUAGAACUGAAGCCCAAUGUGGGAGCUAAGCUGUAGGCCAGGGAUGCAGACAUUGUUGGACUACAACUCCCAUCAUCCCUGACUGUUAGCCAUGCUGACUUGGUCUAAUGGGAGCUGGAGUCCAGCCAAAAUCUGGAGGGCCACUGGUUCCCCAGUUUCUGGAGUGGGAAGCUUUUACCCCUGAAGUAUGUUUUUGACCAAGCAAAGGUUCUUAGUAUUUAUAUAACAGGCUAAUCCAGAACGUAGGGAGCUGCCUUUAUGCUAUCUCAAGCCAUUGCUUUACCUAGUCCAGUCUUGUCUACUUUGAGAGGCAGUAGCUCUUCAAGGUCUCAAGCAGAGGGGUCUUUCAAAUCACUUGCUGCCUUCUAACUUGAAAUGCCAGAAACAGAGACUUUCUGCAUGCAAAGCAGCCCACAAAGCAGCCUGACUUUGGUCCCCAUCAUUCUUCACAGAAUUGUAGAGUUGGGAGGGACGUCAAGGAUCAUCUGGUCCAACCCCUGCAAUGCAGGAAUUCUGCCCUCUUCCUCUGCUUAAUUUAUUUAUUGCCUUCUGGGAGACAUCUCAAGGCGAUGUACAAUAAGAGCAACUUAAAAACCACAGCAAAACCCAGCAGAUAUAUAUAUAUAUUAAAAAAGCAAAAUAGACACUGAUGGCAGAGACCCAUUCAUCCAACUGGGAAAGCUGAAUAUCAAUGUCUUCAGUUUUUCCUGGAAAGUGCAGGUAGUGGGUGCCUGUCGUAUCUCAAACAGCGGCUACUACAUAAGGAAAGCCCUGCUCCUGGUUCUGGUGGGGCAAGCAGUCUUCUGAUAUCUUUGGAUUUUUCAGGAGAAGCCUUCUCAUGGGCCUCAGUGAUAUAUGCCCUUAUAUCACCUAUAUAAGGGCAAAGAUUGUUUCUCAAGUUACAAAUAAGCUAUAAACAAUCAGAAAUUGGCAAGAAGCUUCAUUGCUUUCCAAGUGUUUCCUUGCUCAGCACAGUACCAGGGAGAGCCCUUUCUGCUCUCCUGUGCUUCUGAAGUCACUGUGGCCUUGGGGAGAAUCCAUGAAUUUCUGUAGGUACUGGAUGAGGAUUAGGAGAGGUCUAGGGCCACACCCAGCAGCUCCCCACACCAACCCCAGAAAUCCAGCAGGGUUGGCUUACCAUUAAAUAAUGCAUAUGACCAUCUAAAGACGUGAGGUUAGUAAAACCAUUAAGUCCGGCUUCUGAAACAGGGGUGACUAACCUGCGGCCCUCCAUAUGUUGUUGAACUACAAUUCCCACAGGUUCCAGGUUCAAUUCCUUGCAUCUCCAGGUAGGGCUGGAGGAAUUUUUAUUUAUUUAUUUUAUUCAAAAUUAAAACAAAACAUAUUAUCCAGAAACAUAUCAUCCUUAUUCCCCCCCCCCAUUUUUCCUCCCUCCCCCCACCCCCCGACUUCCCUCAGUUCCAGUCUUUGGUUUCUCUGAGACUGCUGUUUUCUGCAUGUUACAAAGUUGUAUAGAUCCUCAAACUAUUUAGCCGAUUAUUAUCAAUAAAAAGUUUGUGAAUGUUUAUUCAAGGGGGGGGAUUUUGUUGCCUGAAACCCUAGAGAGCUGCUGCCAGCCAGUGUUGGCAAUACUGUGCUAGAUGGUCUGACUUGGUAUAUAUUUCAGUGAAUUCUGUCUCUUCAAAAUUAGCCACCAUAAUCCCUGGACUGAAAAACAAAAAUCUCUAUUUGCUACGAAAAUCGUUUCUAAAACGAAGUAACACAAUGAUCAAAUACUGUCCCUUGUCUUUUGUUGUUCUUGUUGUCAAGAAUCGUUUGCAUUUGAUUCCCUGGACCCAACAGCAUUCGUAGGCGUGCAAGACGCAAAACCUUACAUCUUGUUGAAGGUCACGUACAGUCCUAAAGGAACAGGUAACGUCUUCUUUGGUGGGCGCAGUUCGCAUUCUCUCCACGCAUGAUAUCUGAACAGAGGGUUGUUUGGGGCAGCUCCUGAGCAGUGGAACUCCCUCCCCACAGUGGUGCAUCUGGCCCCUUCAUUGUAUAGCCUUCAUAGAAUCUUCAAGUUGGAAGAGAACCCGGGGGUCAUCUAGUCCAACCCCCUGCAAUGCAGAAAUAUCAGCUAAAGCAUCCAUGGCUGAUGGCCAUCCAAUCUCUGCUUAAAAACCUCCAAGGAAGGAGAGUGCACCACUGAAUACAAAACUCCUUUGCAGUGGUACCCUGGGUUACAGACGCUUCAGGUUACAAACUCCGCUAACCCAGAAAUAGUACCUUGGGUUAAGAACUUUGCUUCAGGAUGAGAACAGAAAUCGUGUGGCGGCGGCGGCGGGAGGCCCCAUUAGCUAAAGUGGUGCUUCAGGCUAAGAACAGUUUCAGGUUAAGAAUGGACCUCCAGAACGAAUUAAGUUCUGUACUCUCAUCAUUGAUAUCUAAAUUUUAGGACCCACCUUAUUUCUGUGAUUUUAUCUUGUUUUGGACUGUUGCAUUUUAACAGUUUUAACCCUGGGAUCUUAGUGUGAAGGGCAAGUUUAUUGUUGUUGCUGUUGUUGUUAAUUCUUAGUAGUUGUGAGUAUCAGCAGUGCCACCUCCUCUGUUGGCUGUAAGUAAGGAGACAGGUAAGGUGGGGUCUGGCUGAGGGCAGAGUGAGGCUGGUAGGUUAGCACCCCAUUCCCCCUAGUGCAGCAGUCUUAACUAUCAUCACACUUGCAUACAAAAUAGCCCACAAAAGAAUUGCAUUUAGCCCUUGGUUGAGAAAAAGCCACUUGCCCUCUCUGGUACUCCUGUCUUCAGAGCUGCUGCUGCUGCCUGGUUUGGUUACCCCCAGAAGAGAUGCCAACCGACUAAGAACCUCGUUUUCCUGCUUUACAGAUUCACUGGCUCUUGGGUGGCAGAAAGUGGAUGUGUUCCAGCAAGAAACUACAGGUUCUGGAAUGAUCUGGGCCCCUAGGGAAUUCUCACCGUGCGUGCCUCUGAAUCCUGGGGAAGUGCCUGAUGCUAUAAUGGAGUGUCCUUUCAGAGAGCUUCCCAAAGGUAACAGAGUCGUGGGUAAUGGGUGAAGCUAUGGUUUAUAAACCACACUUUUUAGCUGCUGUUGUUGUUUAGUCGUUUAGUCGUGUCCGACUCUUCGUGACCCCCUGGACCAGAGCACGCCAGGCCCUUCUGUCUUCCACUGCCUCCUGCAGUUUGGUCAAACUCAUGCUGGUAGCUUCGAGAACACUAUCCAACCAUCUCGUCCUCUGUUGUCCCCUUCUCCUUGUGCCCUCCAUCUUUCCCAACAUCAGGGUCUUUUCCAGGGAGUCUUCUCUUCUCAUGAGGUGGCCAAAGUAUUGGAGCCUCAGCUUCACGAUCUGUCCUUCCAGUGAACACUCAGGGCUGAUUUCCUUCAGAAUGGAUAGGUUUGAUCUUCUUGCAGUCCAUGGGACUCUCAAGAGUCUCCUCCAGCACCAUAAUUCAAAAGCAUCAAUUCUUUGGCGAUCAGCCUUCUUUAUGGUCCAACUUUCACUUCCAUACAUCGCUACUGGGAAAACCAUAGCUUUUACUAUACGGACAUUUGUUGGCAGCUAACCACUUUUUAGCUAACCAUAGUUAAAACUGAUCAUACAAACCUGGCCUCAUGGCAACCAAUAAUGUUGGUGCUGGGGCUGCAACCAUAAAUCCAAAACAUCCAAAUGUGGGGCUCCAGGUGGGGGCCCUGUUCCCUACCACUUCUUUUAGUCCUCCUUAUACGGGCAAUGACAUCAUUCUGGCAUCAGAGCUGAGGAUGUGUAGGAACUUGCCCAGCAACAGACAGGUCUGGGGGAUUCCCUGUGGCCAUACUUCUGCCUCUAGCCACUAUUGGCCUGGACAACUAGUGUUGGGAUUGUGGAAAUGAAUGAAAGGGCCGGGGGGUGGACAGUUGCAGAGCACUGGUUUGGUUGACCUGACCAGCACAUUCCAUCACACUACAGAGAGAUGUUGCUAAGAAGGUGCUAUUUGAGAGAAAACCUGGUGGGACCUAACUUCUGAGUGGACCUAUAGGAUUGGGAAUUCUAAUCUGAUGGGAGCAAAGUAAACAUUGAAGCAGGGUAGUCUUAUUCUGGAUUAUUUAAUCCAGAACUUUUUUGUAUCUGGCUCCAGUAUGUGGCCCCUAGCAGAUUACCUCUAAGGGAAUGUGGUGCUUGGGGCUAGCCCUGUCAUUGGGCAGAGUGAAGCAGUUGCCUCAGGUGGCAUAUGCUUGGGGCACAGGAAAUGAUGAGGUGUUUGUGCUAACAGCCUCCCCUGUACCUCCUAAAAUAACCUGCUACGGGUGCAGUGGAGGGUGUUGUUCUCAUGCCAGUAUCAAAGCGAGGUCAUUUCCUGACUGUCAAUAUUUACAGGUAAGAUUCAGUCAUAUACUGGAAAAUCCAGGUUGCACAAUUGCAGCUGGUUGGGAGUUCUUGUGCAAUAAAUUCACUUCUCUCCAAAGGUCAAACCUUUUUUGCAAAUGCAUGGGGAAGUGUGGGACAACACUUGCCCUGACACAAUGGUCAUCUGAUCUCCCCUCAAACAAAUCAAAAUGAAUGCUCAUUAAAUAGCCGUCUGAUCUCCCUGAAAGCAAAUCAGGUUCAACGCUAAAUAAAAACAGGUUGUCCAGGUGCGAUCUAAGAUUUGGCUGCUGGUCUAGCUGGCUUCUGCAUGUGGAAUAGAAGCACGGGGAAGGCAUAUAUUGAACUUGACUUCAGGCAACAAAAUGUCUUGGGCUGGCCCUGGGUGCCCUCAAGACGGGGCAGAGGUUUGCCCAGCCUUGCAGUGUAGUGUUCUACGCCUGACACCCAGAGGACACCUAUACUGCAGAGUGUUCCCACGCUUUUAAAUCUGGGAUUGAACCCACCUAGGUAGAGCCCCUUGUAGCAUGCUAGAUCUGAGUCUCAGUACAAUCAUGACGGCCACACACUUUGCUCUGGAGUCUCAGCCAAUAAAUGCCCCUCUGGGUCUCUUUCCAGAGAACGGAUAAUUCCUUUGAGGCAGCUGCCAAAGGGUCUGUAAAGGGGGAGCCAAUUUCUCACUUAGAGAAGAAUAGGUUUUCAUUUAAUUUUCUUAAUUGAUCUUGUGCUGCUGCCGUCUAUUUAAAUUUGCCUGAGUGAUAACUGUAGCUGUGCCGGACUUGACCUUCUGACAAUAAUUCUUUUUCUGUGUGAAGAGUACAGUGUGUGUGUGUUUAAUUGUACUAGAAAGUAGAGGUGCAUUGCAGUAAAUCACAUAUGUUUCCAGAUUUUGCAGAGGGCCGUUCAACGAUCCAGCUGACAGUGUAUGAUCUUGCCAACGAAAGACGGAGACUGCAAAGCCACCGCUUGGGGGAAGAAAGGUAACCACUGAAACUUGGGGGGAACAUGGCUUGGAUGGGAAAAUACUGGCUGCAUUUUAUUUUUCUAGAAGGCUCCUACCCAGUGUUGCUCUGGAAUUCUAAGAAACCAAAAAAUCUGUGCAGUUUUGAAAUCAGUGGUUCAAAUCUGUGCAGUUUUUAAAAGUUCCGUCUGCCAUCUUGAUUCAAAACUAUUGUAUCCACACAUAGAUGAAAACCUGCACCUUGAUCUCACGAACCAGCCUGCAAAAUUUGAUUGUGUAUGGUAUCUCAAGAGCUGUCAAAAUGCAAAGCGAGCAAACAAAUUUCCAAAAUAUUUAAUAUGUUAUUAUUCAUGCGAGACAGUACUGCUUUUUAUUUGGCAAGCUUCUGUGCUGCAAGCAGCAAUCCCUUUUUAAAGCCACCUUCUGGUUUCUAAAAAGCAAAAGAACCCAAAACUAGUUCCCUGUCUCUGCCCUAAGAUCCUUGUUCUUUCCUACCGAAACCAUAUCUUGCCAUGCAUUGUUAUAUUUAUGACUCAUCUUGGGAUUUACGGGGCCUCUCUUGAUAUAUUUCUCAUCUAACUAGCUAAAUAGCUCACAGCCGACACACACAACUCUCCCUCGUUGAACAUUUUCUGUCCUGUCAUUUCUGCCAAUUUAUCUGCAGAUUUACGGCCCCCCUGACUUUCGCAGGUUUGAAAAUUAACGCCAAAAUCAAUACGGCGUAUAAAACGUAAGAUGAUUUUACUGUAAAUUAUUUUGCAAGACGUUGCGUCUGGCACAGGGCCUGCCUUGAAAAGGGGCGCUAACGUGUAUAAAUGAAAACACAAAAGUGAGUGUUUAAUGCACAGAAACCGCCUCGUUCUCCAAAACCCCGGCAGCUUUGAAGUGGGAAGCCAAGGCGAUGCUUUUACGGCACAUACCAGCAAGAGGGGUGGGACUGUGCAGCUUGGGAGCCUCAAAAGUGAAGCCGGCAGCUGCACGAAGUUUUAUUUUUAUUUUAUUUGCCGGUGUCAGUCAGUCGUCUGCAAGCAAAACAGAUUGGCAGGAGGAAAUGGUUCCUGCCGCACCACAUGCUAUAAAUGGAAAAGUUGGUAAAGUUUAACGGCUGAGAAAAUUAGCAAGUUUCCUAUCUCUUGGGCCCCAACUGGAAACUGCACCUCUGCACCAGGGGAAGGGCAGUGGCUCAGUGGUGGAGAGCACACCCCUUUCAUCAAUGGGGGUGACAGAUGUCGCAGCCAGAUCGCCCUCACAUCCCACCCCUUUCAUGCAGGAGGUCCCAGGUUCAAUCCAGUUGCAGGAUUCUGGGGAGUGGUGCCAGAAAAGACCUUGUAUAAUAUUUAUUUAUUUAUUUAUUUAUUUAUUUAUUUAUUUAUACAUACAUACCCUACCCAUCUGGCUGGGUUUCCCUAGCCACUCUGGGCGGCUCCCAACAGAAUUAAACAGGGCUGCCUUCCUAUGUCUUCUAAAAGUCAGAUAGUUGUUUACAGUGGUACCUCGGGUUACAGACGCUUCAGGUUGCAGACGCUUCAGGUUACAGACUCCGCUAACCCAGAAAUAGUACCUCGGAUUAAGAACUUUGCUUCAGGAUGAGAACAGAAAUCGCGCAGCGGCAGCAGGAGGCCCCAUUAGCUAAAGUGGUACCUCAGGUUAAGAACAGUUUCAGGUUAAGAACAGACCUCCAGAAUGAAUUAAGUUCUUAACCCGAGGUACCACUGUAUUUCCUUGGCAUCUGAUGGGAGGGCGUUCCACAGGGGUGGCUUGGAUGAUGGUCAGGGGUGCCACGAGCAACACUGGCCUCUGUCGCUCUUUCCUUUCCUCCCUCCUCUGGUAUCUGCUUGUGUCUCUGCCUCCCAAAGGCUUGCAGAGCUGUUUGUUGCAGCAGCCCUGGCUAUAAGCUCCCCAGGCAAAUGGUGCCUCUGGGGCUGGCCAGGGUGUGCUUUCAGGCCCCUGUGGGGCAAUGGGAGGAGGCACCUCUCUUUGGGGCAGGAGGGCAGCUAAUAGACCAGGGGUGGCAGCUGCAGCUGCCCAGAGGACUCCCAAGGAGAGGGGAGAGGGGAGAAGAGAGGAGGCUGAGGGAAAACUCAACAGGGAGGGCGUUUGAAAAGGGGUGAGGGGCUGCCAGCUCUGCAGGCAAGGGGGUGACAUAACUGGGCUCCUGAGCCCCACAGGGGCCCCACAGGGGUGCCGCAGAAAGAAUGUAGUUGGUCAAGGGAGCCGUGGACUCAAAAAGGUUGAAAACCUCUGAUUUAAACCAUUUAAACCUGUUUGAUUGAUAUUUCCUGUGCUUGUUUGUAUUGAUCAGGCUCCAAGGACCCUCUUUUCUCUAUGCUCCUUGGGUCCCGCAUGAUCCCAGCAUCAUGCUACCAAAUCCUCCGAGGAUCAGCCAGCCAUUUGAUCUGUAUAUAGAUGCCCUUCAUUAUAUACCUGAUAAUGCAACCAUCACAAAGGUAAGCUUCAGAAUACUCCUGCGGCUCCCCACUUCAGUCAAUGCGCCCUUAUUAGCAUUCCAUAUUGCGUAGCUCCUGGGGUGGUCUGGGAAAAGGGCAGUGGGCUGCUAUGCCCGGCAGGGAGGCUUCUGCUGUGAGCUGCUUGCUUUACAUAAAGAGAGAAGCUGCCAUAUACAGAUUCACCCAUCCUUGUUUUUGUCCGAGUCUCUCUUUUCAGAAAGGGAACUCUGCGCUGGCCCUUAAAUCUGCUUUCCGAGACCAGUUUUGCUGGAAAUUAUUUAUCCCAGUAGGUCAUGUUGGGUGAUGUAAAAACAACAACAACAACCCCAUAUACAAGAAUCCAGUUGGACUCCAUUUUUUCUCAUGGUGCCUUCUGCAUACAGAAAAACACACUUACCUGUAAAUGAUAUGUGGCUGAAAUUUGGGUAUAUUAUUUAUUAUCGAGUGUGUGAUGCUGUUCUACCUUCGUGACAACUUUGCAUUGAAACGUGAGAGUGGGGAGGAAAGGGCGAUUGGACUCCCCUCAGUGUCUGAUUUAGGCUAGAAGGAAGCAUAAAUCAAUGGGAAAUUCAUGGAGGUCUAGGAAGGCGUAGUCAAUAUUGCUUUUUGCCCCAAGAACACAGAACAAAAAAGGUCUGGAACAGAGAUGAAUAAAUCUCUACAACUCUGUAGAGAUUGUAUGUGUGCAUAUGUAAAAUAAUAUAUAAAUUAAUGUUCUCUACCUCAUUAGGUAACAGGUCAUUUCAAGAAUACGGGCUUCAGCAAUCUGCACCCUUUUGUAGCAUUUCCUGUUCUCGAGAGCCCGUCUCGAAAUCCAGAAUUCCAGUACCGAGCAGCAAUAGAUGGAGGCAUUUCAAGUGGGAUGGAUAUCAACACUUGGCUUCUGUUUCAAGUUCAUACAGUUGACAUGGAUUCUGGAGACCUCGUUCUACUAGGUAACGGGACCUAGAAGCCAUUCCCCCCCUUUAAAAAAAUUUAUCCUUUUCCAAAACAUUGCAUUUCCUCCUGACAGCGUUUGCUUGAAGAUGGAGUGUUGUAGCUAAGUCACUUCUUUACAGAUCUAGCUCAUGUGUAGACAGUACCAGGAGAAAAAUCUUAGGCGCUGAGGCCAGCGAGUAAGCAAAAUCUGCAAGCUUUUAUUGAGAGCAGAGAGUAUCACCUGACUUGCCGUAGCCUAUUGCUGUUAAGAAGCUUCCUUAUUGGUGGGCUGAAAUCCCUGGCACUCCCUCUUUUGGCAAGAGCUCAGUAGCAGCACAGAAUGCCCACCUGAUGUCCCGUGGACCAGUGGUGGCGAACCUAUGGCACACAUGCCAGAGUGGACACUCCAAGCCCUCUCUGCGGGCACGCGCAGCUGACAAAGUUUCCAGCCACCCCACCCCACCAGCGCAUGUGGGAAACUCUCCCUAGAGCGCGCUCCGCCCACAGUGAUAUUUGGGGGAGUUGCGUGCCCGCCAAGCAGCUGGCAGUCUGCUGUUGGUGAGCUGGAGGGGCAUGUCAGUUGCGGUGACGCAAGCCAUUUUCAGCGUUUCUCAGUGGGGUUAGUGAGUUUCUGUAGGCUGUGCAUAAAAGCUGAACAACUUUGCUCUACCCUCUCCUCUGGGCCAUCUCUCCCCAUUCUCUUAAAUUUGAGUCCCCCAAAAUAGGGGGCGUCUUAUACACGGGGGCACAAAUUGCCAUGUUGGCACUUUGCGAUAAAUAGGCGGGUUUUGGGUUGCAGUUUGGGCACUCGGUCUCUAAAAGGUUCACCACCACUGCCUUAGACCACUUUGCUUGAAGAAUAGCCUUACCCCACAUUUGAUCACUCAGCCACUUCAGUCUGCUGAACUGGCAUUUCUUCAAGCACUGUAUAAUGUUCUGCAUUUGUGAGGAAUCAGCCUCUUAGUGUGGCAACCCGUUAGUGUAGAACUCCCUGCCUAUUGAUAUUAGGCCGGUACCACCAUUGUACUGUUUUUCAACGCCUGAUAAAAACCUCUUUUGCUUAGGCAAGGCUGCCCACACAUUUAAUUUCAUCAUGUAUGUUUUUAAAGCUAUUGAUUUGAUCUCUUCUCAUAUUUUUAUUAUGCCUGCUUGUUUAGGAAGUCUGUUGAUUUUUAUCGGCGUUUUCUAGCAAAUACGAAGCGUUUAGGCAAUUUUAUUAUUAUUAAGUGAUGUAUAAGCGCUGUUAGUUAAAUAAAUAAUUACGUAAUAGAUUCCGUCUUCGGCAGCUGCCGAGAUCUUAGAGGAGUCCAGUUCGCCUCACACAUGGGAGAACAUUACAUUGCGUUGUUGUUGGUAUUUUUAAGCCAUUCAUCUGCAACAGGCUCAGCCCAAACGUCCUGGGCACCGAACUGCAGAUGAACAUUUGAAUGUGAAAGCGUCGCAGAUCUGCGAUUCUACAUUUUUACUUUGCCAUUGGAUGGGGUGGGGGGAAGGAGUUGGAAUCGUUUUAGACACAAAUUGGACUGGCAGAUGGCAAAUGCAGUUUUAACUUAGGCACAUAAACAAGGCACUCCGGCUAGGGAAUACGUGAUAGAGGGAGUCAUCAUCCAGUUUACUGAUCAAGAAGAGAAGCAUUUUUCAAGGCCGUUGUGUGGAAGAAGUAAUUGAAACCAUCAGUCUAGGAUACAGCAGCAGGUUUCUUUGGGGUUUUUUUAAAAAAGGAAGAAUGAGCAAGACACAAAAUACUAGAAUGCCAACAAGAUGGAGCACACCGAUCCUCACAAGAGUGGACCCGCCGAUUCUGGGGACCGAGAGAUGACUCAGGCCAGCCUGCUUCCUGAAUCUGGGGCCUUCCAGAUGUUGUUGAGCUACAACUCCUGUCACCUUAACACCCAUAUAUGCCCUCUCAUCCACUUUGAUCUGUGGACCUGGCACUGCUAAGGGUGCUACACAAUACUUGUUCCCCGUUUGCAAGAAAUUUAUUUUUGUGUGUGGCAGCAAUGGUUCUUUGGGACUCCCUGCCUAUUGACAGCAGGCUGUUCUCUUUUUGGAACCUCCUAAAAACAUUUUUGAUUAGGCAGGCAAAUCCAGACAUGUAGGUUGUCAUGUGUUUCAAUCUGGUCUUUUUACCCUAUCAUUGGUUUUAAUUUGUUAAAGAAAUAUGUUAAAUAGUUGUUUUUAACUGGUCUCACUGAUUACCGUAUUUUUCGCCCCAUAGGGCGCACCGCCCCAUAGGACGCACCUAGUUUUUUUUGGGGGGGGGAAAUAAAGAAGAAGAAAAAAUUUUCCCCCAGGCAUGGGGCUGGCGCGGGGGAAGCCCGAGCUUCCCCUGACCCCAGCCCCCAGAACAGCCUGCUAUCCGCAAGCCUAGGGAGCCGCGCCCCAGGCUUCAGAAUGCAGGCACCGAUCCCUCUCGCUCUCCAGGCGCACCAACCCCUCUCGCGCACCGACCCCUCUCGCUCUCCAGGCUUCAGCGAAAGCCUGCAUUCGCCCCAUAGGACGCACACACAUUUCCUCUUCAUUUUUGGAGGGGGAAAAGUGCGUUCUAUAGGGCGAAAAAUACGGUAAUUUAUUGUGUUGUUCUUUUUGUGAACCGCUUUGAGGUUUGCUUGUUUGUUUACAAUCAGGUGGUAUAUGAAAUUUAAUAAAUAAAUGAAUAAAUUAGGCAUGCCAGCUAAGGCAGAUGGGAAUCCAGCAAGGUCUGGAUUAGGAGACAUUUGUGUUUUUAAAAUCAAAUAAUAACUUGCCCCUUUGUGAAUGACUGUAGGAAGCUGCGUCAUCCACAUCUUUAAUGCUGAAGGAGAAUUAAAUGUGGGAGGGUUUCAACUGAAACUGAGAGCUGGCUUGCUGGAAGACGGACCCUCACCUCUUACCCCGUCUUUGCUGAAUCACCAUACAGUUAUUCCUUGCUGUACUCUCCUUAUUCGACUCUUACCACAUGCUCAGGCAAGUCGCUUUGUUAUUUUUUGUAUAAAUAUUUGCAAUUCUUCUAUUCAAGUUCAGCCCUUCUCCAGACCUUGCCUUGUUCAAUUUCACCGCAGAUAACAAUUCUGAGGAAUUCUCAAUAGAAAAAAUAUCAAUCCUUUGCAGCAUUAUCAAUAACAUCGACCAGAGCUCCUUAAAGACAGCUCUGUGCUGAGAGAUCAACUUCAUUUGGCCUUCUUGUUUCCAUGAACUGUCUCAGUUCAAGCUGACUAUUUAUAAUAACCUUGUAAUCUUAAGAAGUUGAGGCUGGAGUUGGUUUGUUUUCCUCUGCCCUCCUCAUCCCUUUUCCCUUUUGUGUCCUGUCUUCUAGAUUGUAGGCCUGUGUUCUUAUUUUUCUUCCCUUUAGGUUCCAGUACCUCCCCCAAAUUACUUGGCAGGAUACUAUUUCACCGACGGAGCAAAACCCAGCGGUUCAGAGCUGGAGAUCAUCUCAAGCUUUCAGAAGGACAGCGGCUUCCCAAACCUUGUGCUGGACAUGGCACUGCAGUUAAUGAACAAGGAGCAAAGCAGAGGUAUGGAAAUGGUUGGCUAGAUCACAAAAGCUUCCUCUUCGUACACUAAAGCUUAUUUCAGUCACUUGUUGUCUUGAGAGACAUUGGAGUGUGCCUUGAAUAACACUAGUGCAUUUGAAACACAGCAGACACUAGUGCAAGGAACCUGGUUUGCUCCAGAUGCUGUGGACUCACUCCCAACUCCCAUAUUUGCUGGCCAUUGGCGAUGCUAGUGGGAUCUGAUGGGAGUUGUAGUCCAGCAUUGUCGGAGGUCCACAGUGCUUUCCCACUCUUGGGGUAUUCUAAGUUGGGAUGUGAGAGGAGGGAGGAGGCUGUUUCCGCCCUGUGUUCAUCGCAGUCAGCGCUGUUUUCAUUCUGCUACAGUUCGGCUUCUGCAAAAACCCAUGUUGUUCAUCUUGCUAACUGCUGUGGCCAAAAGCAGUUUCAUAAUUCACUCCAGUGCAUUUCAGUGCAAGGUAAACAUAAAAAAAAUCCAUGCAGAAGAUAACCUAGUGAUUUCCAUGAUGUUUGCAGGAUAAAAAAGCAAUACCAAAUACCAUUCACAUUCUCUUGUGUGGUUUGCGCAUUGUGAGAAUUUCUGCUCCCAUUUCUGUUUCUGGCAGAAUUCUCCGAGAUCCUAAUCUUAAGCACUGCCAAGUGGUGCUCAUCCCCCUGGUGCGGUGCUGCUACUGCUUCCCAUAUCCUAAUUCCUUGUUUCAUGCAGUACUGCCUGAUCAGCUGAAAGCCUGGUGUGUAGAAAAGUUAAACGAGAGAGGACAUUUGUCACCACAGCAUCCUCUGAAGUGCAUCGACAUACAUCGUGCGGUCCGUUAUCGGCAGGAAGCUGGAGUCCGUGUCCGAAUCAAGCAAGCGUUUGGGCUUAAAGGUAGCUGAAAGAACAUUAUUUGUGUUUCCCUCACUGAAGUAUACUAAGCAGUUUCAGAGUUUGGCUUGAAGAUAUGUGAUGCAGCAAUCCAGUUGAAGCUAAGCAGGCCAGUUCUCUAUCUAUGCCCAGCUUGAGUCCCAUGGCAGAAAGACAGGAUGCAAGCAUAAUAAGCAAAUAAAAUAAAUAAAUACUAGUGGACCCUGCAGCAAAAUUUUGCAGUGUUGAGUGUUCCUGCUCACUGUUCUGCCUCCUUGAUACUCCAUUCCAAUUGAUUCCCUUUCUAUUCUGGUUUUCUCAUUUUUCUUCCUUCAAUAGCAUUCAUUAUCCACUGAGCAUACUCAGUGGGCUGUUUCUCCCCCCCCCCCACAGACAUUUUAAGGGUGUUACUCUAAUUCUUUUUUCAUAUUUUUGCCAAUUGUGGGGUUCCUUCAAGCCUGGGUGGUGUUUUUAUUGGUCUACAGCAGUAAUAAACAGCAGCAGCGGCAUGGGUGGUGCUGUUUUGGCUACAUAAGCAGCGGCACUCAUGCCUGAACUAAAUAGAGGGAUUUGUUGCUUCUUCUUUACAGUCUCUGACAAUGAUAGAAAUUAGGUUGAUUAUUUCAGGCGUUUCUUGCAGCUUAGCCCAUAUAAGACAUGUGUCAGCCAAACUCUUGGCUGCUUAGAUAAAGACAUACACAGUCUCUAUGGGGAGAAGGAAGUCGUGAAGAAGGCUCUAGUUGUUGGGAGAAAGAUGGUUAUCUUUGUUUUAUGAGCGAGAGAAAUCUUGCUCAUACAUUUGUUUUUAUUUAUUCAUUUAGAUCAUUUCUAUGCCACUUAAUACACCAUAUUAUAUCUAUCUAUCUAUCUAUCUAUCUAUCUAUCUAAAUGGUGAACAGAAAACUAAAACAACUGAAACAAAUGUUACAGAAAUACAGAAUAUAUAUACACAAAUGUGUCAAUAAAAAUGAUUGCUGUAAUGAUGACAAUAGACAGGCAUCAGUUCUUUCUUUAACACAUAGAAGCACUGUCCAUCAACAGGGAAAGCAGUGGCCUCUCUCUGAACUGGGGAUGGGGGAGAAAUUCCAUUCAGCUCACACUUGCACUUGCACUUAGGGAAGCAUAAGAGGUAACCGAGAUCCCAAAGGAGUAAGGUGAGCAGCACAUAUUCAUUCCCCUUUCCCUGCUCUCUACAAUGUAUAGUUGUAGGUAGAAAGGCCUUUCCCAGUUAUUUUUGUGAGCAAACCCUUAAAUAUGUAUAAUUUUUACUGAUUUGUGUUUUCUUCCCCUUUCAGCUGAUGGUUGCUAUGUGAAUGCACUGGCCAGAAUCCUUAAAGGGGCUGCAAGCAUGCAGUUGCCUGAGCUGCCUCAACGCUGGGGAGGAGAAGAAACAUUCCUGGUGCAACAACUUGAUUUUUCAAGCCUGCAGAGAUCGCCCAAGUGGAUUGAUCCAUCUGUGGUACGCAGUCGCCGAUCUGCCAUCUUGCAGUAGUGGCAGAUGCCCAUUGGGACUGGUAGGGUGGAAGGCAGGGAGCCGAACAGUAGGUGGCGCCAGAGCCAAUGACAGGCAAAACUAACUAAUUCUAGUUUCGUCCCCACCCUCUUCCUCCCUGCUGAGUUAUACAAAGACAGGGCUGUCAUUAAGGAGGAGGAAGCUGACAGACAGUGGAAUGGAUUUCCACAGAAGGUGAUGGACUCUCCUUCCCUGGAGACUUUUAAACAAAGGUUAAGUGGCCACCUGUUAGGGGUUCUAUAGCUGUUCUAUUGCAGUCUACAUGACUCUUGGGGUACCUUCCAACUCUACAGUUCUAUUAUCCUAAUUGCUGCCCUUCUUCCUGCAGGUUGCUUCCACAAUUUACAAGGCAGGUGUCCAUCCUCUUUCCCACAGUGCCCAGGAGUCACUUUGCAGAUAUAGUGCAAAAAUACCCUAAACCAGUUGUAGAAAUCUAGACAAGAUUCAAAAAGUAAAAAAUUGUUGCCCAGUGAUAGAUCAGAGGUGGGGAGCCUGUUCUGUUGAGGGCUGCAAUCUCUUGGGGUGCUUAGGGGCCAGGAAGUCUGUUGGGUAGCAUAUUUUGACAGUGAACAGAGCCAGAAGUGAGCAAGGCAUGUGUGUGUGUGUGUGUGUGUGUGUGUGUGCGCGUGUGCUCUCUCUCUCUCUCCGUCUCCCCCAAGCCCUUUCCCUGUUUUCCCCAUCCUUGCAGCCCACAGGGAAAAUUAACCAAGGGCCACAUGAAACAUUAGCAAGGACCACAUAUUCCCAAACUCAUUAUAAUACAGAUUUGUCCCCCCCUCCCCGAAAAUCACAUGAAAGGGACAUCAGGUAUGUCCUGGGCAGGAAAAGUUAGUGGAUUCUGAAGGGAAAGGCUUGGUCUGGUCUGGACUGUGGAUUUACAUUGGUUCUAUUUCUGCAAUGUUUACUGAUCAUCCCAGCUGCCGUUCCUUACUGUUCCCAACUAAGAAACCUUUUAAAAAGAGAAGAUUCCACUAGAUUUCAAUGAAAACAGAUCUUGCAAAGUCUAGAACUUCUUCCCAGCUAGAGAAGGAAAUGUAUGGCAGGACAUAAUUUCCUCCUGUGACUGCCUUGUGACAGGGUAAUGUCCCAUAAAUGCCUGGGCAAAGGGACUGGACUUUGCCUGGCACCAUUAUCACAGAAGGAUUGGUGCCAGCCUACUUUUCAUUGUAGCCUAGCAAACAUGUGCCAUUAGCCCUACUUUGCUCGUUUGGUUUGUACUACAUGAAUUCUUUUCCAUUUUUUGUCCGUUGUGCCACAAAGCAGCCACAGGUUCAACCAUCAGCCUGGCUUGUUAAUAGGGCAGCCGCAAGGCAUUAUGUGUUCCAUUCCGUUCCAUUUCCAUGUAUUAGUUACACACAACAUUGUUUCCAUUCUGCUGCAGUUCAUUUUCUUCCCAAAACGAUGUUCAUUUCGCUGUCCACUGUGGCCAAAUGGCAUAUUUUACAUAAUUUACAUAACUAAUUACAUAAAACACAUCAUUAAGUUGUCGUUACAUUGUUUCACCCAAUCAGUUUCAUUGCAAAGGAAACACAUUGCAAAUGGAAGGAGAACAUAACGAAUUACGUAAUGUUUGUGGAAUGACAGCAACAACAACAACAACAACAACUGCGAAUCCUGAUCACAUUUGAUGGAUUCAUUUCUCUUCCGGACAUGGGAUGAGAAAGCGAACAUGGGCAGUUUUCGGUUUCGUUAGAAUUCCCUGACAUCCCUCUUUGUUAGGUAGUCCUUUUAGUCUGCGCACUUUGGAAGCCUAGCAUUUUUAUAUGAACUCGUGGCCAAUGAAAAGUUCCUCCAGACAUUUUCCCACAGGAACCCAAAAAAAAACCCCACGUUCGCAAAAUGAGCGUUUAAACUGAGAUCAGCUUUCUGAAAUGUACUGCACAGUUCCUGCUAUUUACGAUUCUCCUGAAACAUCCAAACAUCUGUUGUGCACAGAAAUGAAAUCUUGGUUAACUGCUGAGAACUGCUCCCUUCAACGCAGGAGAAUCAAAUUGCCCAUCAGUUGCCUUACACAGAUUUAGCUGUGAAGUGAUGAUAUGAAGAGGCGGUUUAAAGUAUCUCUUUGUGCAUUUAGCAACUCUGGAAAUGUGCUGUCUCAGUCAGAUCCCUCCUCUCCCCUCUCUUCACCUCAAAAUGAAAAUAAAAUAUUGCACCAUAACCCAAUCAUAAUCUUCAGCUGAUGUUCUUAUGCUGCAAGGAUGCUGAUCUUCUUAAGUCUCACUAUUUCCCCAGGACAGGGAAUAUUUUAUGUUUGCUUUUUAGAAUUGUUAAUAUUUUUUUUCCUUUUGACUUGAGAUUCAUUUUCCCUAUUCAAGACAUGCCUCAACAUCCAUCUAUGGAGCUUAGAAUUAGAGGAUCAUGACAUUCUUAGAGCAGUGGGGCUGGUUUGGAAGUGGCGUCAUCUUGCUCAUUCCAAACGUAACUAUUCUUCUCUAGGGGCCAGUUCUGAAAAAAAAACAGUUCUGCAGAUUUGAAAGUCAGCUGCUGAAAGUCAAGGGUGCCACUUGGCUGGGAUUGACUGCAGAAGGUGCUGAUUGGCUAGUACUGGCUAAGGGUGCUGAUUGGCUAGUGCCUGUGACAGCCACCUGACAUGUCAUUAGAGCAAUGUAAUUGUUUUUGAAAAAUUAAUGCAGGCUUUUCUUACUAUUAUUCUGCCUCCAGAGGCUCUUUUUUAAACCACGAGAAGGAUAGCUGAAUGUAUAAUCCAAUCAGCACACACCUGCUGUCAAAAAAGCAAAAUAAUAAGAAUAAUAAUACCCUGCCCAUCUGACUGGGUUUCCCCAGCCACUCUGAGUGGCUUCCAGCAAAAUAUUAAAAUACCGUAAUGCAUCAAACAUUAAAAGAGGGCUGCCUUCAGAUGUCUUCUAAAAGUCAGAUAGUUGUUUAUUUCUUUGACAUAUGAUGGGAAGGUGUUCCACAGGGCGGGCGCCACUACCAAGAAGGCCCUGUUUACAGGAGACGGCCUGCCUGACAGGGGGGAAGAGGCAACAUUUAUUGCUGAUCCGGUGCAAAGUGAGUUACAAAGCUGGAAUGGCAACCAGGCUGAAGAAUCUGCUGCAAACAUUGUUUAAUUGCUUAUGCCUAUCUUCAACCUUUCGGUUAAGAAGCCCGUUAAAUAUUUCUUCCUGGAGGGGGGAAAUGAAAUGAGAUGCUUGGAAUUUUAUAUUUCUGAAACCCCUCUUGGCUUCCCACAUUCUCAUGCCAUUGUGUUCAGUCUUUUAAAACAUUCCUUGGAUCUUGUAUCAGCUCUUUGCCGUGCGUCUAAGUUUCCUCUGCCUUAUUGUAGGUUUUGCAUCCUUAUCUUGAUGAUCACAGCGUUCUGCUAGUCCAGAUCUACGGCUUGGAUGCUAUUUACACCCCAGAUCCAAGUGGACAAAGAGCAGGCACAGUAGCGCCACGUUCUGGACAGGCCAUCGAGCUCAACGAACAAUCCCAGCUGGGGUGGACGGUUCUUCCGCUCUUUGACAGGUGACUCUAAAAGUAGAUGCUUCUGUGUUUGGCUCUUUAGACUUACAGCAAAGCCUUGAGCACAUUUACUGGAAUGUAAGCCCUGUUGUGUUGUAUCAAAUGUUAUUCAUACUCUGAGUAGACCCAUUGAAAUUGAUGCACCUGACUCUGAUCACAGCCACCUAAUACGUUGAAAAUGUAUUUAAGGCACAUGGCUUUCCCCAGAGAAUCCUGGGAAGUGUAGUUUAGUGUCGCUGUGACCCGAGACAUGGGUCCCAGUCAUGGCAGUGGCUGUUUUGGGAAUGCUUGGUACCAUCCUGAUCAGUGAGAGGCGGCCUUAAAGCCAUAAACCCUGCUGUUAUAGGAACCAAACCAUCAGUAGUAAAAACGACUGGUGGCUCCAAAUCCCAUUUAAAGCGGGAGAAAGGGAGAUGAAUUCUAGAUCAGUGCCAAAUUCUGGAUGGGUUAUCACCGCAUCUGCAACUGAAGGAUAAGCAAGCUAUCUCGGGAGAGAAGGGAGGUAUAUUUACUGUUCAGCUUCCCGGUUUUCGGAGCGCAAAAUGCCAGUGUUUAUAUCCGGAGCGGAUCCCUUAACUGCCCUCCCAGAGACAGAAUUACCCCCCAGAUGAAAUGGAAGCAGAGAACGUGGAAGGCAGCUGCAAAAGCUGCUGCUUGCCUUGAGAAUGGACAAGGUGAUGAGAUGCCACCUGCCCAUUCCUUCAAUAUACUUGCGAGGAGAAUGGACUCCACUGGUUCUGUUCACACCAUAGCAACAAGACCAUAGCUUGCUAGAAGAGCUCUUUCCAGCAGAUCCUGGGUUCUGUCCACAGCAUCUCCUGGUAGGACUGGGAAUGUCUCCUGUCUGGAGAGCUGCUGCCAGUCAGUGUAGACAAUACAAUGGACCAAUAGUCUGACUCGGUAUAAGGUAACUCCUUGUGCUCCUACAAAUGAACUCUCAGCUGGGAGGUCCCUAGCUGAAAUCUCAGCUCAGUUAGCAUUGCCCUGGCUGGCUUUAAACAAACCAUUUUACUCUCUGUGUCAACCACAGACACCCCUUCCCCAGUCUGUAGCAUGGGGAUGACAGUGCAGGCCUAUCUUCUCAAGGCUGUUGUAGGAAUAGCAGCUAAAACACGUUCAAGGACUUAGGAAAAGUGCUUUAGAAAUACGAAGUGCGGCUAUUUUCAAGGGUGGAAUCAUUACUGCUCCCUUUCAGUGGCAUGGCCAAGUGGAGGUGGUCUGUAGAGCAGGGCUAGGGAACCUGCGGCCCUCCAGCUGUGGUUGGACUCCAGCUUGCAUCAGCUCCAGCUGGAGGGCUACAGGUUCCUCCAAACCUGCUGCAGCAUCUCUGCAAGUCUCCCUUAUCAGCAUCCAUGGAGGAGCAACUGCUGUAUCCCCACGCUCUGGACCAAAUGGAAGGGAUGUGAAGCAACUUGUACAGGCUCUAGCACUGCCCCCCACCCCCGCAAAGCAGUCAUCAGACCUUGAUCUGGGACUAUCUGCAUGAUUAUCCAGUCAGCUGGAUGCCAGAUCAGAUAGCAGUCGUCUAAGGUACUGGUCAGUCCUUCCAAAUCUUGAGAUCUGAGCAGAGUUUCAGGCUAGGUCAGGUGCAGGUUGGAGGUUCUCUUGAGUUUUGAGGGCUAAAUACCACCCUACAUAAAUGGAAUGAGCUAGAGGCAAGAUUUUAACAAUGGGUAAUCUUUUUUUAAAAAUCUCUUAAAUAUUGGUUAGGUUAGGAAAAAUCCACUUAUCUCCAACAGCCUUUGUAAAUUAUACCUGUUGUGUUUUUUUCCUAUUGUGAUAAAAAAAAAGAAAUGAAAUAAUUGGCUGAAGCUUUUAAAUGUAGUCUGAGAAUCCCUUCAUUUUCUGCCUCUCAAAUAUUCUGUAGCUUUUUAUUUUAUUUUGAAAAGUUUUUGCCUUUUUUUUGGUUGGGGGGGCUGGAUCUUUUCAAGCAUUCAAAAAAGAAUAGUAAAUUCGUAUGCAUGAAACUGACUGCAAAGAGCAAUUAGUCCUUCAUUAAUAUGCAAAUUUGGUCCAAUGCAAAUUCAUCUAUGUAUGCGGUUUUAAAUAUGCAAGCCGGUCUUGCUGUGCUAGAAAACCCAGAUGCUUUUAUUAACUUUGAAAUUGAGGGAUUUGGUUAAUGAUAUUGUUGACAAGAAAAACUUGAAUAAAUUUGACGACUUGCAGUCUUCCAUAUUAGCAGAGGCUCAUAGGAAGGGGGAAAAAAUCCAAGCCAAAUGCCAAUUUUAUCUGGUAAUUUUCCCAUUACCAAACUAGGAAUAAAUGUCAGAUAUGAAGUAAUAAGAGCUGGAUAUCCUAAUGUAGCUGUCCCAAGACCUGAAAACACUCCCCAAAGAUCCAGCCGUUUUAUACCCAGAGGGUAAAGCCAUCUGUAUCGGCUCUGUGAACAAUAUUCCGCUUGGAGGUUUAAUAUUGGGGAGUUAGAUUGUUUUUGUUUGGGAGGAAAUAGAUGCGCCAUGGAAUUUUAAAAAGCUAACACUUUCACAGGUGGCUGUUAUCACCAGUUGCUUCCACACUUGGCCCUUGUUCUGGAAUUGCUAUCCUUUCUCCUCUACUUUAAAGGAGAAUCCCAGCGAUGUUGAUAAAUGGGUGCAGCCCAGGUUCCUCUGUGCUGUCCUGCCUCAAGGAUGGAGAACCUGUUGCCCUCUAGAUGUUGCUGGACUCCCAUCAUCCCUAACCAUUGUGCCUGCUGGUCUGUGCCAAGCUCGAGGAGGGGUGCCCUCAGGGAGCUGGGGUCUCAGUCCAAGCACUAUAAAGCUUUUACCAGAACACUUACCCAAGAGAGCAAGGUUCAAAGGUGCAGCAUUGUCCCUAGAAGCCAAGGUCAAGGUCAAGGGAAAUGUAGGGAAUGUAGGAAAGCGCCUUAUUCCAAGUGAAACCAUUGGUCCUUCAAGUCCAGGGUUGUCUACACUGAUGAGCAGCAACAGCUUUUGGGGGUUUUCGGCAGGAGUCUUCUGCAUGCUGAGCAGGUGCUCUGCCACUGAGCUACAGCCCUUCAGAUGUCUGGACUACAACUCCUAUCGUCCCUAACCAUUGGCCAUGCUGGUUGGCGCAGAUGGGAGCUGGAGUUCAACAAAAUCUGGAGGGCCAUGGCUUCUCUGUUGCUCGUUUUUGUUUUUAGUACCAGCCUGUUCAGUGGAAAAUAUGCCACCUUGUACCAGGUCUGACCAUCUUGCCCAGCUACUCUGACUGGCAGCAGAUCUUCAUGGUGUCGAGUCUUUCCCACCACUCACUUCCUGGUCUUUCAAUCUGGAGAUGCUGGGGACUGAACAGGGCACCUUUUGUGUGCAAACAUACACUGAGCUAGAGGUCAGCGUUAAAGCUCUGGUUUUCCCAGUAGUGAUGUAUGGAGGUGAGAGCUGGACCAUAAAGAAGGCUGAUUGCCGAAGAAUUGGUGCUUUUGAAUUAUGGUGCUGGAGGAGACUCUUGAGAGUCCCAUGGACUGCAAGAAGAUCAAACCUCUCCAUUCUGAAGGAAAUUAGCCCUGAGUGCUCACUGGAAGGACAGAUUCUGAAGCUGAGGCUCCAAUACUUUGGCCACCUCAUGAGAAGAGAAGACUCCCUGGAAAAGACCCUGAUGUUGGGAAAGAUGGAGGGCACAAGGAGAAGGGGACGACAGAGGACGAGAUGGUUGGAUAGUGUUCUCAAAGCUACCAGCAUGAGUUUGACCAAACUGCGGGAGGCAGUGGAAGACAGGAGUGCCUGGCGUGCUCUGGUCCAGGGGGUCACGAAGAGUCGGACACGACUAAACGACAACAACAGAGGUCAGCAGGUACCCCCUGAUACAGCACCCAAAGUAAUGUCUAUACAAGACCACAUAGAAAGCUGCCUUAUAUUGAGUCAGACUAUUGGUCCAUCUUGCUCAGUACUGCCUACACUGACAGGCAGCUGCUCUCCUGGGUUUCAGACAGAAAUCCCUCCCAGUUCUACCUGGUGUGGGGAACUGAACAGGGGACCUUCUGACUGCAGAGCGCACGCUCUGUCCCUGAGCUGUGGCCCUUCCCCAAAACUCUUGGGAGAACUUCACAAUUUGGACCUGACGCUCCAUUGCCUGAGAACACAAUGGCCCAAGUGUUGCCUCUGAAGUGGUGUGUUUGAGUGCACCGUGCCGUUAUUUGCAAAGCUGCUGAAAUCAAAACGACCUGAGAAGUUAAUAGAUUAUGGUGCUCCCCAAAUAGCUGUUUGAUUCCCAUGGCUUUCCUGGCACAGCUGUUUGGGAUAUAAAUCCUGACAGUCAGAAAUGGUUAGUUUCUAAAUCCUUGAUGUGCUAUGCUCGGCAAAGAACCGUUGGAACAGUUAAGGCAGCCCGGGUGGCAAAGGCAGUGAGAGUGGGGGCGGAAUAUGUAACAGGGUCUGCAGCAGGCUUGGCUCUCGGUGCUACGGUAUUUAAAGUUGCAGAUGUCAGCGGCAUUGUGGGCCAGAGCUGUGCAUGCUCCAAACUUGGAAGUUAAAAAGGGACAUCUGCAGCAAAGGAAAUGUGAAUUCUGCAAAGGGGGUAACCCAAGUACGCAAGUCACUUGGGGGGCAGCAGGAGUUUUUGUGGUGCCAAUGGAGCAGUGUUAGGCAUCAUCAGCUGCAAUUUUUUUGAGUCUGUCAUGUCCCCCGCAACUCAGAGGUUUCGCAAAAGAGGGUGUUUGAGUUGCCAUGCCCAAGGAGGACUCUCCGAGGUCCACCUUUGGGCCCUGCCAGCUGGAGGACAUAGACUUAUGCCUCUCCCUCGGUUUGCAUCCCCAGAGGAUGAGGGCCCCAGUCACAGAGCCCUGUCCUCAGCAUUGCAAAUGGUCACAAAUAUGAAAUCGGACAAGAUCCCUCUAAGGAGGACUGCCAGCUCUUCUCAGAGGGUGGGGCCAAUCACAGAACACACCUUGCCUGCCUUUAUAAUGGUAUCAGUUGACUUCUGCUCCUUUCUAGUUUGGAGACUGCCAGGGCUGUCUUAAGCAUAUGCGGCGCCGGGGUGCAAAGAUCCGCUCGGUGCACCCCCCCCAGGUUGCCCCAUCCCAGGCACGCAGGAGGGCGGAGCCAGCGGGCCGCCUCAGUGUCUCACUGGCUCGGUCGCCCCCGAACUCGCGGCACAGAGCUGCCCACAGCAGAAGAGCCCGCUGCGGCGCUCCAACCAACGGGCGGGUUCUUCCCCAGACUCAACUCUCGGGCCCCAGACUCUCGGCCUGGCUCCCAGGUGCCCCGCACCCCUUGCGCCUAUGGGUAAGACGGCCCUGGGGACUCCUCUCCGGGUUAAGACUCUCUGGGAGAGUUUGUGAAGAAUUUGAGACUCUAUGAAAGGCUGUAGCUGCAACAUGAUUGCAUUGUCACCGGUAGGUGGUGGUAAUGGGGUCUUUCCUUGGUCUUUCUAUACGCCAUUAAACCCAGAGAAGGAGAAGGAGCUCCUUGCUGUGGCAACAUCUCCCCGUGUUGCCUGGUUAAAGAAAGAAACCCCAGUCUAUGGAGACUUCCUGGAAGCUUUCAAAGCUGCUGAUCCGGCUACCCAAAAUCGUACACCCUGUGAUUUAGCCCUGAGGAGCGUCUGCCUACUGAAACAACCCCUAAUGUGAUGCCAAAAGCCAAGCUUUCCCCAAAGCAAGUCCCAGACACGUGCAAAAGAGGAGGUGCCUGAGGUGGAGAGUCUCAAUGGCAUUGCUCCUCUCUGCUGUUUUUUUGUUGGCAUCCGUCUGUCUCAGGAAAGAAUGGAGGAUUUUGCCUUUGGGGGUGAGGUCAAACUGUUGGAAGGUUACAGCGCCUGCUGUGGCUGUAGAGACCAAAGUGGGAGAGACAUGUUUUGUUGCAGUCGGGGCAGAGGAAGGCUGCUCAAAUGUGCCAUGGCGUUUCUUCUCUUUGCGCUCCUCCCAGUGGUCAUUAUCACAGGGGGAAAGGGAGUGCCACUGGUGUUGUGCAGACCCCAUUCGUUUUGGUGAGGGUUGUGCAGGAGUGUGGUCAGAUCAGCCUGACCUUCAGCCAAAACUGAAUUCUCCAGGCAAAAUGCCACCUGGGUGGGAAGCUCUUAAUGACUUCCCUGUUGAGAAGAGCCAAUGGUCAGCCUGAGUGGGCAGAAGGCAAUUUCACUACCAUGGACCAGAGCUGGUCCAAACCUCAGCAGCAUCUGUCGGUCUCCCUCAAUGAUGCUUGAAAACCUUUGGCUGCCGCUGGGGCGCCAGCAACCUCUGCGAUGCACUAAAGAAUCCUGGGGGUUGAACUGAAUUGGAUUAUGUGGUGCAGCCAUGUUGGAGUGGCAAAAUGCCACGGCUUGGCCUUGACUAUGCACACUGAAAUGCAUUAUGCAAGGGCUUUUUAAAAAAAGAAACAAUAUAUGCUUGCUUUUCAUUAUGCGGUUCUUGAAGCCCGUGGGAGAGAGAUGAGCCUGACAGCAAUGUGUGGUCAUAUAACAAAUGCAACAUAACUCUCCCCCCCUCCUGAGCCCAAUCUAGUACACAUUGUUAAACUAUGGAACUCACUGCCACAGGAGGCAGGGAUGCCCACCAUCUUGAAUGGCUUUAAAAGCAGAUUGGACAUGUCUAUAACUCUGCCUCCAUCUCUCAAAGUUCUUACAGUGUGUCCAGUUUUGUGUCUGCCUGACUUUGAGCCUGCAGGGCUAAGCCUUUCCCCACCCAAGGGGUGGGGCCAAGUUUGAUAAGUGGGCGGGGCCACCCCUUUGUCAGGACACCUGACACCGGGUGUCCCCUUUUCCUUUCCCGCGUGGUUUGAAAUCAAACUCUGCAGACCAAUGCUUGAUAUACUUUAGUCAUUUAAGUACUGGUUUAUCAUUACCGUUUCUAAGCAGCAGUAUGAUGUACAGAAAUGAGAUUCGCACUGAAAUGGUGAAGAAUUUCCAUAAGGACCUUAAAAACAAACCAACAAGCUGGAGUGGAAAUAUGGGCAGCUGAAUUUAAGAUGGGGAAACUGAGAGAAACUGAAGCUGACAGAUUUUUCCCAUUUCUACCCCAAAUCCAGCUCCCUGCAGACCUUUCGUUCACCUGGGCCUGAGGAAAAACAUUCAAUGUUUCACCCAUGUUAUUGAAUCAAUAGUUGUCCACGUAUAGCAGUAAUAACUUGAGGGGCUCUUCUUGCUAAGUUUGUGUGUGUUUUUUCAGGAGAUUAAUAACCACUCCUUCUGCCUUGGAGUUUAUUAGCUCGAGGAGUAUUUAUUACCUCAUAAGCACAAAACCCCUCUGGUUAGCAUCUAAUUAAACUCCAAUUCAGUGCAUGCAGUAUUAGGGGGAAUUGUAUUAAUAGUAAAUUUCAGAGGAAAAGACAGGGAACAGAGAUUACCUGUUGGAUUAAUCUGCCCUCUCUUUUGCAGAAACUGCGUAGGAAGUGGGGUGCACAACACGCCUUUAUUUCAAGGGGUGCCGAGUCCUGUGAGUACUGAACAAAAUUACCUUAUUGUUUUAGAUGAGGAACUGGAUGGAAAAUAUACACUGGGGGGAAGCUUCUGAGUGACAUCAUUUUUGAGAAUGGCCCGUGUUUAGGUGGGAGAGGGGGGUUCUUGUUAGAAGCUCUCUUGGGAAGGGGAGGUUGGUCAAAGUCCUAGCCUGAGGAUCUUCAUUAAAGGCAAAAUACAGAUGUGAAAAAUAAGUACUGAGCUAGACAAGUGGGACUUUAGGCUCUGGUGGUUAAUCAACCAAAGCUUUUGUUGAUUGACCUCCAGGGCCAAAAGCCUAGAGGCAUGGGGGAUCUUUUUCAGCCUGAGGGCCACAUUCUUUUGUGGGCAACCUUUCAGGGGCCACAUGCCAGUCGUGGGCAGAACAACAAAUGUAAACUUUGCACAUCAGGCCAGUCACACACUCCUCUCUUGAAGGUCACAUCUCUGGGAUAGCUCAGUAGGUAGAGCACGAGGCUCUUCGUCUGAGGGUUGUGGUCCGAGUCCCAUGCAGGCCAAAAGAUUCCUGCAUGGCUGGGGGUUGGACUAGAUGGCCUUCGUGGUUCCUUCCCACUCUAUAAGUCCAUGAUUCUAUGAUUCCGUCCUUCAUCCAGGCAAGCAUAGAGGCAUUGCCAGAAUUCAAGGGCACAUUCUAGCCAGGCAAAAACACUUGAGGGUGUGAAGGAGGGCGUGGCCUGGGCAGAGAGGGUGUGGCUGGGGAGGGUGUGUGAUGGGGGUGGGGAGUCCUGAGAGCCAGAUAGAGAGGACUGGAAGGCUGCAUUUGGCCUGAAGUACCAGUGGAGCCAGAAUCUUUAACUGGUUGAUCUAGCCAUUGAACUAAUUAAAACUUGGAGCCGUUAGUUACUAGGUCAGUUUUUAAUGUGAUUUGCAGAAUUAAUUUGGUGCUUCUGUUUCUUUGGCUUGGAGGCAGACCAGUAUCCCUGUCCGAACCCUUUUUGUUAAAAUCUCCCCACACCAUUUAUUUGGGGGGGGGGGGAGAGAGAGAGAGAGAGAGAGAGAGAGAGAGAGAGAGAGAUGUCCUCUCUGCCUCUUUUGGCACUGGUUCCUUGUAGAGCUGACAGAACUAAUUUUAUUCAAUUUUAUUCUCUUUUGUCCUUUUCUCCGUGAUGUAAUCCUGCAGUUGGCAUUUGCAGGAUCCAUAUGUCAAAUUGUGGAAUGCUCCUAUCUGCGAUUGGCUUGCUUUGUUUUUUUCUCUUCCUUUUUUUUUUGUGUGUGUGUGCACGACCUCCUGGCUGUUGAUGGCACAAACAGGAUAUUGUAACUGCAAUAUUGCAGUUUUUCAGUUGUCUGCUUUUAAACCUCCCUGGGUUCACGUUAGCCUUUUAUUAUUUUUUUUUUCACGGACAAAGAGAGCAGAGAGAGGUGGUUCUUUUACACAACCAAAAUGACUGUCGUUAUGACAGGGGCUGUGUGGGGAAGUGAGAGAGCCUGCACACUUCAGGGAUCCCUGUGUGGACUGAGUCUCUGUGUCUGUGAAAUGGGCACAUUGCCAUGCUACCUGUCAUCAGUAAUAGGUGGGAUUUGGCCGUGGUCACCCUUUAAUAGUGCUUUGCUUUCCACCAAUAGAAGUGAAUAUCAAUUACUCACCUAGGCUGCACUCCUAACUGUACAGCAGAUUCAUGCCAUUCAUUUCAAACACAUUCAACGCACAUGUAAAGCACAGAGUUUCUCCACAAGCCAUCCUGGGAAGUGUAGUUAGUUAAGGGUGCUGGAAGUUGUAGCUCUGGGAGGGGGAGAUGACAGUUCACAGAAUUCUUUGGCGGUGGGGAGUCAUCUGCUUUAAAUGUGUAUUGAAUACGUUGGUUGGCAAGAAGAAAUAGGGAUAUAAAAGGAGAAUUCCCUGGAUGCCAAGAUCCAGGUUUGGGGCAAGAAUGUGCUUGAAAUGUAUAGAUCUGCCCCUUGUGUGGGGUUUAAAAACAAAACAAAAGCACACAGUAUCAGCAAAGCAGCUUUUUUAAAAAGUUGUUGUUGUUGUUGUCGUCGUAUUUAUUCAUUUAUUCAUAAAAAUCUAAAUACCACUUGAUUGUAAAAAAGAUGCUUCAAGGCAGUUUACAAAAGAUAAAACAGUAAAAUCAAGAAAAACUUGCAGCCAUACCUCAAAACAUACAAUUACUAACAUUGAUUAAAAUUACCUCAACUUUCGAAGUUUCUGGGUAGGUUUGUCUAAACAAGAACGUUUUUAGCAGGUGCCGAAAAGAGUACAGUGGAGAAGACACCUACUUGAUAUCACCCAAAAUGGAGGCGAUCUGACCUGAAAUCAGUGCCAAUGGUGGCAGCACUUCGCCGCCGCUGGUGGAAGCAGCAGGGCAGGCGGGGUGCCCACAAAGACGCCACCACAGGGGCUUCUGCUGCCUGAGGCAGCAGCCUCACUUUGCCUAAUAACUGGGCUGGAUCUCUCUCUCUCUCUUUCUCUUUCUCUGUGUGUGUGUGUCUUAAAGAAUAGAAUAGAAACUAGGGAAGAAAGGACAGGAAUGGUGUAGCUGGAGAAGCCGUGAUGUAAAUACAUCUCUUGGUGGGAAUGUGGUGUUGAUGUACAAUCUGGUCAUCAAGGCCUGUGAGUCAUAACAAUGGAGAUUAUCUCAAAAUAUCCCCCCUUCUUAAUGAGUGUUUGGGUUGUGCUUCUGGAAGACAUAAUGUUUUUGAUACGAUGUGUUCGCAAGGAAUUUCUACAGGGCAUAACCACCCGACCUGUGAAGGAUGUCAUGUCUGAAGGUUUGCAGAAAAAGAGGCUCCGGCUUCUAGCCACGUACGGCAGUCUUGUUACCGAGGUGUGGGAUGGCCAUUACUUUGACGAUGACCGGCAGGAGUUGCCGGUAAGUUGAACACUCAUGUAAUUAUAAAUCCAUAACAGACAUUCCUUUCACUGUGUAGCUUCUCACAGAUCCUCCAUCUGUCCCUUAUGUGUAGGUAUUUAUUUACUUUCCAUUGUUUUAGAGCGAUUUUCAGUCCCAACCUUCAGCAAGACUUCUUCUUGUUGGUAUUGUUUGUUUGUUUGUGAUCCAUCUUUCCCCCUAAGAUCCCAGUGCAGAUAACAACAUUAAAGCAUAAUAUUAAAAACAGUUGCUCUCAGGGUGACUAAGAAGCCUUUAUCCUCACAACAGCUCUGUGAGGUAGGUUAAGCUGAGAGGUAACAGUUUGUCCCAAGGUCACCCAGUGAGCUUUGUGGCUAAAUGGAGACCACAGUUUUCAUCUCUGGGGUCCUAGUCCAACACCCUAACCCAGCCUGUCCCAUUCUGGUGUGCUCCAGAGAUUUGGGACUCCAUCUUCCAUCAGCUCAAGAGGUUUUUGCAUUGCAACUCUUACCAUUCCCAACCAGCAUGCCCAACAGUCAGGGAUGAUGGGAACUGAAUGAAAAGGAGACGCAUUGCCUUGUUAAGCAGGGCUGUGUGAAGGGGGCAAGAUUUGGACCAAUCCGUCAAACAAAGUCGUCUGCCUCAUAGGUAUUGCCAAAUAAAGUCAUGCUUCCCUGGGGCUGCAUCCGUACCAUACAUUAAAAGCUCUGUUAUACCACCUUAACAGACAUGGCUUUCUCCAUUGUGUGAACUGUGGUUUGUUAAGGGUGCUGAGUUAGGAGGCCCCCUUUUGUUAGGAGACCCCCCUAUUCCCGCCAAGCUACAAUUCCCAAAGGUCCCUGGGAAGAAGAGGAAAUGAUUCUUAAACUAGUCUGAGAAUUGUAGCUCUGUAAGGGGGAAGAGGGACCUCCUAACAACUCUUAGCACCCUUAACAAACUACAACUCCCAGGAUUCUUUGGGGAAAGAAGCCAUGACUGUUUAAAGUGGUAUGAUGCUACUUUCAAUUUGUAGUGCAGCUGAGGGGAAAUGAGUGGCUUGAUGCAAUGUUUAUUCAUGUAUCACAAACGUACUCUAAAUGGCAACAAUGGCAACAAAAUCCAUUGGUUUAAGCAGUCCCCUUAGUGCUUCAGAGCAUCCUGUUGGAUAUUUUUAAUGCAACGCUCUUCAGAUCUGGCCCCAACAGCCCCAGCCAUUAGGCCCAAUGGUCAGGGACACUGGGAACUGUAGUCCAAAAAAUCUGGAGGGCACCAAGUUGAGGAAGGUGGCUCUGACCACUACCCUUUUCUGGUUUGCAGAGAAGAGAUGUGUAGAGGUUCUUACAAGCCAAGCUUAAUUACACAAGAAGUUCAGGACACGGCUGGGAAUGGAGUGGAGUGGUGGAUUUUAAAAAAAGACAAACCCUUAUUGGGCUCAAGGGUCCAAGAAAGCGGCUUUUGGAUUAGAGAAAAUCUAGGCUACUUAGUAUGUAAGAGUUCGAUUUCUUUUUGUAGAUGGUGCUUUUGGGUGUCUUAAAAAGGAUGCUUAAAUCGAGCGGCUUCUGGCAUCCGGCAAGGGUUGUUUGACUGCACCAGCAGCCAGCAAACCCUCACACUUUGGUCCUUAACUUAUUGCCAGUCCACAGAGGAUAGAGGGGGAGUUGUUGGGGUCGUUGUUUUGCCUCUCCCCACCCACCCACUCAGGCACCCCAGCUUCAAAUUAAAGCCUAUGAAUUACUAUAACAAAACGGUGUGCGGCAACAGUUAAGUGUUUGCCAGUUAAACUGGAGGUCUAUGAAAACUCCUCCUUUAUAAUAUAUGGGGCACUGAGACCCUGGACAAAUUAACUGCAGUUGCAUGCAGCAGGAAAAACAAAUGCUAUUAAAGAAUUGCUUCAGGAGCAGGAUCUUUUUGUUCCCUAUUGGAAUAACAAAAAUAAACAUAAGAAUCUUAGGAAGCUGCCAUAUACUGAGAUACUUGGUCCAUUGAGCUCAGCAUUGCCUAUUGCGGAUGAUUAAGGGCUUCCUGCCCACCUCCCUGUUUCUGCAGGAAUCAGUGGUCCAGCCAUGCUUCCUCUGAGGUGCGGUAAUUCUGCUGCCUCUCUAGAUCCAGUCUCUAGAUCCAAUUGAUCCAGUCGCAGUCUGUGUAGACAUAUGGCAUGAGCAGCUGCCCUCAGCAGAGGCUGAAUGGGAGGCAAGCUGAAGGCAGUGACUCAUGAAGAAAUUCAGCAGUCAGCCUCCUCUGAGGUCAGGUAAACCUACCGAGUCGUGAAUGAUUCACACACACACCUGGUAUAGAGACUCAGCAGGAUUAUGCACCCUUGGCAGAGGUGUUUGAAGGAGGCAAGGUCAGAGCAGUGACUCAGGCAGGGACACGACAGGUAGCCCCCUUUGAGAUGAGGUCCUUCCUUUCCAUCACUUGGGAGUGACCAAAUGGUCCAAAGGCAGCAGGUGCAAUACUGCCUGUCUUCAGUGGAGGCUGAUUGAAAGAAGAUGUAAGCUCAGAGCUCUGAAGAUCAGUUAAUCAUACAGAUAUUUGGAAAGCAUCCUCCCCUGGGGGUUGGUUAUUUGGGCUUCAGGGCCUUUUGAAUUUAGUUUCUCGCAACCCUCUCAUGAAGUUUUGUCUUUGAAAAAUCGCUUUAAUGUAGGUUCUCAAUGACCUCCUAUCUGUCGACAAAACAAGGAAAUUUUUGGCAGCUCAAGCCAGCAAGAGGGGCAAGGAAAUGUCACAGCUUGUUCUGAAAACCCUGGAUAAAAAAACAAAAAAACUGGGUUGCACCAGCCUUGAAUAUCUGCAGCAAGAGCAUUUUUACAAGCAAACAAUGGGGGCCCUUUUUUACAAUGUUGUGGUAAGUGCAGAAAUGGAAAAUGUAAAAAGCAUAUAAUACAGUGCAAAGCAUUCAACACUUAUUUUAUAUAUAGCAUAUGGAGGUGUUUCAGCAGCUCUGGAGGUCUUAGGGGUUCAAACAACAAAAUAAAUAUUUGGACUCAUCCACAACAAACAUUCAAAGGACAUUUCAUGCACGUGGUUUCUCCCAAAGAUUCCUGGGAACUGUCCUGCAUUGGGGUGCUGGGAGUUCCCAUGAUCCUUUGGGGGAAGCCAUGUGCUGUAAAUGUGGAAGUGAUGUGUGGUGUGUGUCAUGCAAAUAGGGCUGAUCAUUAUCUGGAUCACUGCUGAAAAGGUGACAGAGCUUAACACCUUCCUCUGUUGCAGUCUUCUGGGAAAGUCGGCCCACUCAGGAAGCUGUAGUUUGCAUUUGAAGGAGGAACCCCACCCCCAUUUGUGCCAGUGGAGGAUGUUCCUCUUAACACAGUUCCAGAGUUAGGAUUUUAUUUGGGACUGCAUGGGGAUGGAAAGACUUAACUCCCCGCUCCCCACAAUGCCUUGCCUUCAGCCAAAGUGAGCCUAUAUUCUGCAGUUAUUUGGGGCUGCUGCAUCACAGUUCUGCUCCCAAAUGCUUACCCACAUUUUGAGGAGCCUUUCCCCCCCUCACCCCCAUUUCUUUGGGGGUUGCAGUUAUUUAGUAGCUCCCAGGGAUGACUGUGUGGAUGUGUAAAGCGUUGGCUUUUACGUGGCUGUGUUAUAAGAAUUUUAAGGUCAUAUAUAAAAUAAAUAAAUGUUCGUAACUGUAUAUAUAAACUACAUGUCUGAAACCCCAUAGAAAAGGUCCUGAACAAAUUUACCUCAAAUAUUUCUCUGCAAGGUUAAAGUGGGAAACCUCCCCAUUGUCUCUUUCCUCACAAAUCCUGUUCUCACAAAUCCUGUCUUAAGGGCACAUUCAAAAUAUGAACUUGGUCUAAGCCUGUGACCAGUGACCUAGAUUCAGGAAUUAAGUAGUUAUAAUAACAAAAGAGUGGCCAAAACCCAAAUAAUGCAAUCAGGUAACUUGCCAGACAGGAGAUAGACAAUGCACUCAGAUUUCUGUUGUAAACCGCCUUUUCAGUGAUGUAGGUAUGAUGUAUCUGGGGGGUGGUCUUGGGCUACACCCCUUCUGUGAUGUAUGUAUGAUGUUUCUGGGGUGGUCUUGGACUCCAGGGCGGGCAAUUUAAAAUGUCUAUAUAAGGGCGGGCACACCUUUGUUCUGGGUCCUCCUCCUCCCUCCUGUGUUUGGGGGAGCACCAUGUCACAACAGUUAAUAAAGAUCAGGCUUACUAGCUGCUUUGCUUCUCAAUAUUCUCUGGUUGGUCUCUGUUAUUUUCUCCUACCAAUAGAGAACCUACAAAAGGACUCUAUAUGGGCUCUUGGGUACCCUAUAAGGGAAAAGGAGUGGAUUUUUUCUUAUAUCAGCUGGAAUGUAGCUGGCUGCCUAAAGGUCACACAUGGACCCACAUUUGCCUCUUGCCCCACCCACCUUUGGAAUUCGGCCCCCAUAAGGUUUCCCAUGAUGGCAUGUGGCCCCCUGGGGCUGAGUAAGCUUCCCUGGCCUUGCCUUAGGUGCCCUUUCAAUGCAUCUGGUUCUGAUCCCCUGGGCUAGGGUUGCCUAAUCCUGAUGCUUCCAUCAUUUCUUCUGGUGGUAGCCAAUAUGUGCUCCCUUCUAGAUGUUUGCUGGGCUCCAGCCCCCGACAUCUCUGACCGUUGGCCACGCUGACUGGGGCCGAUGGGAGUUUUAAGCCCAGCAACUUCUGGAGGGCUGCUGGUUCUGCAUCUCUGGAUGAAAUGAACACGGUGUCCAUUGCAUUGCAGGAAACAGCACUCAUGAAUGCAGGAUAUGGCCCACUGUGA